GUGCCAAGACGCCUUGUUCGCCAGCGCCGCCCCUGGAAGAGCCGCCGCCUGCGGACAUUUUCGCUCUCGCAAAGGUAAAGGGGAGUCGCUCCGGGGUUAACCCUCUCGGCACGGGUUCCCCGAGGGGCCAGGCCGGCUCCCGAAGGGGGCUUGCGCGCAUCCGGAGGGAGGGGGAAGGGGGAGAUGGGGAGGGGAUUGGCCUCCCCCCCUCCGCGCGCGCACCGGGCUUCCUUCUCUCCAACUGCCGGGUAGGAGGCCUCCCGCCGCCGCCGUUGCUAACAGUCUCGCUACAAAAAGGUGGCUUGGCAAGAGCAGCCCAACCGGAGGCGAAUAAUGGGAACCCCCUGACCGUCGUUGCCUCGUCUCUCCCCAGCCCCGACGCGGAAACCUCGCGCAAGAGGAGCCCAAGAGAUGGGUAGGUAAGCAGGGGUCUGUCUCUGCGUUCACACAAUCUUUUCCGCCGGCCUUUGGCUCUGGACUGUCAAAAAUCUGGGGGCUGGAGGGGAGCAGGGGUGCCCUGCAGCUCCACCAACACCCCACCCUACCCCACUGCCAGCCUUUGCCUUUGGUGCUGAGACUGGCGUGGACGAAAGGAGGAAGUCCCGGCGCUCCCGGGAGGAGAAAAGGGGAAAAGAAUCCGAGCCCGGACGCAGCGCGGGUGAGUCGUUCCCGGGAGGAUGGUUUUCAUCUAUGGGUAACGCGGCAUCUCCCCGACGGGAGAAGAGAUCUCUCUCCCUUCUGCUACGUUUUCGGUGGAGGGGCCUUACCCCGGCCAAGGGAAUCUCCCCCACCCACCCCGCAACGGACCGGGGAUCCUGUGACCCUCCACAUGUUGUAGGUCUCCAACUACCGCCGCUCCUUACCGCUAGACACGCUGGCCGGGGCUAAUGGGCGAUGGACUGUGGGAGGGAGAGAGACAGGUUCUCCAUCCGUUUGCUUAGGGAUGAGCCAGAGGGCAGGCGAGAGGCGCUUCCCUUUGAAUCGGAGUUUUUUUGCAUUUGCGGGGUGGGGGCCUAAGAGAGAGGGGGUGUCACAGGGCCAUUUAUUAAUCCAGCUGUAACCCCUAUUUGACUGAAGGGUCUUUCUCUCCCCUCCCUCUGUCAAACUACGCGCGGCGUCUUCACUUGGGCUGUUUUCGCGCCCUGUUUCUGCGUGAAAGCCGCCAGUUCAACGCCGCGGAAGUGACUUGCGAGUAAACGUGCCCGAGGUUGCAGGAAUGCGAUCUCGUGCUUAGCACUCCGGUGGAAGCCGAGUCCAGAAGGGGCGACUUUACUGCCAAAGAAAUGCAAUAUUGCUCGAGCGUUGGCCAAGAGCUGAUCCCGGUCGCCCGGGACCGCGCGCCACAGGAUUUGUCCCGGCUUGGAACGGCUUAGUCCCAGAGUGCGGGAAUAUAUAUUUUAAGCAGAGUAACCCAUUUAAGCAAUGCAAUCCUUCUUUAUGUCUGAGUCUCGUUCCUUUCCUGGAAAGGAAAACCCGGGUGAAACAAAAGGGAUGCAGAACACAAACACACACAGCCCAUCCGCCCUCCAACUCUUCAGUUGUCUUAGUGGGAGUGCAAAAGGCCAGGUCGGUUUGGCAAGGAGACCGGCUCGAUUUAUUGCCUCCCGGGAGUUGCCGUUUCUCGGUGAAGUCCGUCACAUUUCUUCUGUAGUCAGCCUUGCGGACCUCGAGAGAUUGGAGCCCUGCUAUGGAGACCGAGCGAUCUCCAAGCCUAGUUUUAAACAUUUAUAGGGGAGGGUUAGCCUCAGUCCUCCUCUGGGUUUCCUUGGUAUGCGAAGAGCUCCCAGAUGGUGUGUCCAACUGGCUCUUCGCACUUUCCCGGUGUUCGAAAACAAGUUUCACUAGGAGCACUGUCGUUCUGUGCGCACGCUGGAGAUAAUAGUUGUUGUUGUUCUUUUACACUGCAGAAGGUUUUUAUUUAAGUCGUAAGGCUCGCUGGUUGUGAAUGAAAUCUCCGGGAGUUUCGGAUCUCACCCCAGCCGUGCCGGAUUCUGCGCCUUCUAAUUUGGAAGUGUGCCCCUUGAGGCUUACACUCCCAAGUAAGUGUGUGUAAGAUCGCGGCCCCAUAAGGCUUUUGAGCAAAUCCGCGCGCGGUUUUUGUAUCGCCUUUAUCCCACCGCAGAAAUAUCAACUGGUGGACAACUUGUCCUUGAUCUCAGGAGAGCGACCUUCUCAUGAAAUCAGAAUGUCUCCAAAUGAUCCAAGUCCUGCUUGUGCGAACAUGCUCUCGGGAUGUGCGAGCUGUGGGUGCAACUCUGCCUUCGGAGAUGCCCAGUUGGACUUGGGGUUGGGGGAAACGGCUUUGAGCUUUAAAAUGUUCAGGAUGGUAGAGGUGCUGCGUAAAAUUGCUGUUUGGAAUCACGAAGAUGGAAGAACUUAGUCCUGGCGCUGACAAAAGACUACCGGAGAAAUAGAUUAGAUCUUGGGGCGGUGGAGGGGGGGAUUAGGCUGGGCCCUUGGUUUGCAAGAAAAUAACGGUGGACAUGGACAAUUUCCUCUCCUCGUUCACGAGUAUUUAUGCUCAAGUUGACACUACUGCAGAACUUUCCAAAUUCACAACAGUAGCCUGAGGGGGUCAUCGAGCCCAGUAGCCUGUCUUUGACAGUGUCCAGAGCCAGAUGCGCCAGGAAGCGCUUUCAAAGGAGGGGGCGGUGAGAGGAGGGGGGUAUUCCCAUCACGGCUGGCCUCUGUAAAUGUAAGCAAUAUCAGAAAUGCUACGCAUAUAUUCAUAUUAAAGGGCAUCAGACCCAAAGAAAAAUUAAAAAGUGGUUCCUUUCAAGGCACGGCUCACCUGGGAAACUCUCUUUUAAAGAAUCAUGUGCGAAGUGCAGUUUGCCAAGGGUGCUGGGAACUGUAGCUCUGUGGGUGGGGUGGGGAUAAACUACAGGAUCCCCAGGACUCUUGCAGAAUGGGUUUUUAAUAUAUGGCCUGUACGCAGCCUGAACCACUGUUUUACGUCCUGUAAGCCUGAUGCCCUGUAAUAUAAAUACAUACAUUUAACAUAGGAAUUAUCAGCAAACGUUCCCUUGAGACUCUAAUGUUUAAGGCAAGGGGUGCCUAAUAUCUCAAGUUUCCAUAGUCUAAAACUGGGCCUUGCGAGAAGCAACGAUCAGAUCUGUUUCAAGCUUGAUGCCUUUGGAUAUAAAUGGGGCAGUUUCUUUUCAGGUAUUCCUGGUUUUGUGCGGUUCAGACACAUCCUUCCUUUGUUCUCUUCUUUUUUUUCAAAGAUGAAGUGUUUAAACCUUUGCUUGUGACCAAAUAAUUCUGAUUGAGCUUCUCUUUACCGCCUUAAAAACAACUGGGAGAGCAGAAAUAUACUAUUCAGGGCUCGAGGCGUAAUGGUAUGAAGGUGAACUUCUUUUCAACGGCCCCUUUGCACUAAGAAAGACCCAUUGUACAUUAGAUAACCCGGCCGUCGUGCAUCCGACGAAGUGACGCGCAGGAAAGCAAAUGCCACUCUCAAGUCUUGUCCUCUUCAAGGAAAGGACAGGGCUCUUUGUUGUUUCCGCUGCAGUAGACUUAACGCACUACCCGCGCUCGGAAGUCUAACGUGAUGUUUAUUCUUUGGGCUGGGGAGCUACAGUCUCUUGGACCGACAUUUCGACGAAUCUCCCCAGAAUGGUGGCUCCUGGCUGUUGUGGUUUCAAGGGGCGACUGUGGCCGCGUGUUUAUUCAGAAGGAAGUGCCACUGUUUUCAGCGGGGCUCUCAUCUGCCACCUCAGUCAGGUUCCCAUUACACUUGUUGGGGAACAAAGGUGCGCUAGGCGCUGCGUUCCACUUACCUCCCAACACAGUGGAGGGGACUGCGAUCCUAAGCACAUUUUCCACAGGAAGAAAAACAAUAUGAUUUUUUUUAGGACUGGGAUGAAAUGCUGGAUGAAAUACUCACAGGGUGUAUGAAGCUGGCUCUGCAUAAGUGCAAUUGCUUCCCGAACCCUCAAAACCUUGCGUAAAACCUACUGAAAUCAACGACCCUUGCCUUCAUUUUUAGAUUUUAUUAUGUUCUUUGGCCAUCUCUCCUCCCAAGUAGUAGUAAAUCCCAUCUGCUGUUUCGUUGCUUGCGUUCCUUAGCACCGAGGGCAACUGGUCUUUGCAGUGCAAGCCCACGCGUGUCUACUCAGAAGUAAGCACCACUGAUGUCAACGGGACUUACUUCCAGGUACCAGAUAAGAUCACCGCCUCAGUCUGCUUUAGAUUUAGCUGCUUUAGCUGCUUUAAAUGACUUGAUAACCUGCAAAUCUUGUCACAUUCUUACUUCCUUUUUCAGGCCAUUAAUGAAUACAUAUUUUUUGUUUUUAAAAAGCUCCUGGUGAAUUCACCGUUCAUGCCUGACCAGUCUUGGCUUCCUAUAUUUUAUCCAGCUGGGGAAUCCAGAAAAAUUCGUGCUCCCUUCGUGUCAUGAUUUUUAGGUGCUUUCCUAGGGUUUUGUUUGUUUGAUUUUUUUAAUUCAUUUUUUGCUUUUGCUUUCCAUGAGGAACGGAGUUAACGGGGUGCUUUUGAACAACUUGUCUCUCUUAUCCAUUUUUAUGACACUGUUAUGGGAGGGGGAAUAAUUACAGUGCAAUGCUAGUCUAGACGUAUCUAAUCAGAAGUCCCAUGGAGCUCAAUGGGCAGGCGGGUACAGGACUGAAGUUUUAUAAUUCCUAAAUGAAAUGUAUUUGCUUGGGUGAUCUGUGAGGAAUCUCCAUGGCCCCCGUUUACUCAGUCUGGACUCUCCAGUUUGUGAUUCAUGUCCUCAGAAUUCGGAAUUUGUCAUUCAUUAUUUUGAUAUUUCUCUAACUGGUAACACAUGCUCCAAGGCCAAAACCUCUAAGUAGAGGAAUAUAUAAAAAUAAUAAUAAACUGCAAAUUGGGAAGUCGGGAUUUAACCCCCUAUAAUGGGAUGUUGCAAACUGAGUCGAUGGCAUUUCCAAAUGAGAUGUUGCAGACAUAAAUAUCGAGGGUGGAGUGGGUGUCUGGAAACCUGGGUUUUGUUUUGUUUUUUAAAAACGUAUUUUCGCAUGGACAGAUGUUUAGCAGAGGGACGAAGUGCUGACGUUGGCUGCUUUGCAAAUGAGGCUGGAGUCUCCAGGAAAACCCUGGAAAGCAGAAUCCUGAAUUCCCAGCCUAACCCCUCGCUGGAAUCAUGAGAUCCCGUAUAAGGGCAUUUCCACCGAGUUUAUAGUCAGGCAAAAUCCCCAGUGGGUGUGGGACUGGGCAGCACGGGUUGCCAGCGGGCAGGCUGAUGUAUCUAAGCUGAAUCUCCUUAGCCAUUGUUCGAGGUGAAAGGAAAGGAUAGCCAGGAGCGAAGUUCUUUCUCCCAAAUACCCCCCUUUGUCGCAUCCGCAGCGGUGCCCUCGCCCCAUCCAUCCUUCCUUAAUGGAAUCCUCGCCGAAAGCAGGCAUUGCCAAGAGAACUAGCCGGCAGGGGGCGCACUGCACGGAGCCUCUGGCUUUCCGAAGGCCUUUUAGUACAAAACAGACGGCAACCAAGAGCUUGAUGGUGUUCAACGAGCGCCUCCUGGUGGCCGAAAGCCCGAUGCGUUGCCAUUUAGGGCAUAAACUUGGAAUACUUAGCAUUCCGGUCCAUCCUUCGGAGCGCCCCUUCUGCAGGGCUAGGAAGAGAAGGGAAGAUCCGUCAAACAAUGCUACUCUAACCAAGACACUCUGGCCUUGGCCAGCCACAUUUUUAAAAGGCGGGGGGCACAAUUUAGAUUGGUCGAAAAAGAAAAUCCUCAAACAGCAGGUGCCUGGCUUCGCUGGGUAAGCCCAGCUGACUCCUUGCUCGGUUCCAGGAAGCGCCAUCUCUUGAUAUCUCUGUUCACAAGGACGGCGCAAGAAGACACCUCGCUGCCCUACGCCAAACAGCAAAAUAGCACACACGUACAGCCAGGCCAGCCAAGUAAUUUGGGCAUCCGGGACAGAAAUACCUUUCCGUUUCCCUGGCAGCAGAGAUACAAUUAUCCUUAAGUCAGUUAAAUUUACUGCCCUUCCAUGACACCCAGUUUCAGCUGCCUGAGGCUGGCCCCGUCUAGGUGAUGACACGUUUAAGACUCCGCGGUAAAGCGUCGCGUUUGGUGCGAUGUGAAAAGGAGGAAUAGACACUACCGUGUGUGAACUAGCCCCAUCCCGCUGCGUUUACAUUCCCAGGAACUGCCAGGGGAAAUCCGUCCCCGUUGUAUAACCGCAGGGCACCGGCUUCCUGGAAGGUAGCCUGCUGUCCUUUACGCAAGGGAGUAAACGAAUGCGCGACAGGGUAACAAACCCCCUUGGCACAUUCCUUCAGUAAAACUUCAUUUUACUGCAUUUAUACCCCCCUUUUUUUCUCUAAGGAGCUCAAAGUGGCGUACAUGGUUCUUCUCCCCCUCCUCAUUUAAUCCCCACAACAACCCUGUGAGGUAGGUUAGGAAGAAAGGCAGUGACUGACCCAAGGUGAGCUUCAUGACCAAAUGGGGGUUUGAACUCAGGUCUUCCAGGUCCUAGCUAGCGCUCUAACCACUGUACAACACUGCCUCCCAAACGAUCACCGUCCUGCGUUUGAGAAUGGUACAAAUACCGUAUAGCCUGUUUUCACACCCGUCAAGAUCAAAGGGGGAGCCUUUUCCAAGGGGAAUGAUCUAAAAGCCUGUGGUCCUCUAGAGAGGUUGCUGGACCAAAGCUCCGCAGGUCGUGCUGGCUGGGGCUGAUGGGAAUUGGAGUCCUCCCUAAACGACUGCUCUUUGCCCUUCUGCCUGCAAAAGCCCAGACUUAGAAAUGUAUUUUCUAACCCUCACCUACUGCUCCCUCCGUUAACUUGGGCAUGUUGCCUAUACCGUCGGGUUUUUAGGGGGGAAUCUUGGGAAACUGAACAAGAGUUUGGGUAUCAGGGGGGGAGGCGAAAUACCGGAGUUUGACCCGAACUCUAUAGGUCUCUUGCCCCUUCUCCCGUCUGUCCACCCCCCUUCCGCUGCAGACCCUCGUGGGACUCAAAUCGAAUCGACUUUAGCAACUUUAGACAGCUCGAUUUGUCUGAAAUCUCUCCACUUAGCAGCGCUCGGGAGAUCAAUUACCGGGCCAGGAAAACAGCAUGAAAUCCCAUUUCCAACGGGAUUGACUUUGCAGAGAGAAUCAGGCGUACCGCUGAGCAGAAACAAUUAACGCGCGCCUCGAAUCCGACGGCCCGAUUUCACGCUUCGAAUUGGAGGAGGGCGCGCAAAAACUUGCCGGCGGAUAUUGCGAGAAAGAGUCAUGCAGGACAGAGAACCACGGGCCUGGGGAAGCCGAGCAAGGGGGACACGGUAAGCCAUCGGGGGCCCCAAGCCUGAGAGCGACGGGGAUGGGAACCCGAAGACACCUCCUGGGACUCAGACGGAACCGCCUGGUCAUUUGCCGCUGGGAGAGCGAGCCGGAGGAGCUGGCCUCCUUCAAAAGCGCCUUUCGCAGACUUUGUAUGCUCCGUCGAAGAGCAUUUUUAGUCAAUGGCUCCAGAAAGGGAAGGGAAGAAGUGGCUGAUCCGCUGCCGGAAUCCAGCCGGCCAGAACAUAUGCGUAUCUUCCCCGAGAAGCAACUUGAAUUCCCUGCUUGAAUUCGGUAGAAUUAAGCCGGGUGCUGUGUGGAGGGAGUGGGGUGGAGGCAUCACUUCGGCUGAGCCAGGGCAUCACACAUUCAGCCACACAAUCCGCCUUGAAACUGGGGAAGGGGGUUGUAGAGACGUGGAAGGAUCAAGGUGUGCAGGAAGACCUGAACACCGGUCCGCGGCGGCGGCGGCGGAGUCCCCCUUGGAACCCCGACGGGCUUCUCCCCACUCCGAUGGCCGAGCAAACUGGGUGAGGGAGACACGCCCCUCGGGUCUCCUUGGCUUCUCCAUUCGCAAAAUAGCGCCCGAUCCCCGAUGGCAUCGACUGUUACCCGCUGACAAGCGGCCCAGAGACUCAAAGGGGAACGCUGGAUGGCAAGGCGCUUGAAACCGGCUUCCUCCACCCAGUGCAGUGGCGUCGAGGGAGUCCUACAACCUCCCCGGGAAUUCCCACUGCCCGGUUCGUUCCCAAAAGAAAGUGGGAUUUCGUUUGUACUCCCUUCAUUCAUUCAAUAGCAAUGUUAUUGCAAAUCAUCGGUUAUGUUGCAAAGAUUUUGGAAAUCCCGCGUGGCUGGGAUUUAGCUGCGUAACGGAGGGAGUUUCUGCUGGGGUGGGGAAUCCCUUAUUUGUUAUGCAGAUUACCUUUUCCACCUUAUCUAUUUUGAUCUGGCCGUUCUAGUCUCUUCCCAGGGUCCCACUGUAGCGCCAUCCUAACCAUGUCCACGCAGAAUUAAGCCCCACUGAAUCUCAUAGGGCAGCGGGGUUCUUACUGCAAUCUAAAACCUCCAGGUAAAGAUCUCGGGAUUCUCCUUCUCGCACCCUAUCGAGUCUUGUAAAACAUAAAUCUGAAAGCUAGAAAGAUUGACUGAUUCGUUUAAUUUCUUUGCCCUUGUUUUGGAUUUGCCCCCCGUGUUAGAUUUUGCCCUUCUUUCUGGGUAGUAAGACGCUUUGAAAGGCUUGCGAGGGAAAGGCCGGAUAGAAAUGGCUUAAAUAGGUUAAGGAAUGAGCAGUUCUCCGCAGUUCUUUAUGUUGUGGAAAGGAUGCGCACCACUAAGCGCCGGAGGCCCACGUCUUCUCUUUUUUCCCCUUUCUUGUUUUAACUAAAGGAAAAGCAGCUUGGCAAGAGGAACGCGGCGGGGCUUUCUAUCUCACCACUCUUUCUGAUUCCCGCACCACGUCGGGAGACUCCACUAUCUCCUUACCCUCCACCCGUGGCCUAUAGGAAUCAAUCCAGCAAGGGAUGGCACAGGAUUUUAGGCUACAAAACGUUUUAUUUAUGAUUAUCAACCCUCAUCAUCAUUAAUGUGCACGUCAUCAUCGUUGUGAUUAAUGUAUAGUAAACCUGUCAUUAGCUCUUGACUGAAACUGUCAAUUGUUAUUUUCUACCAGUUAUUUUGGUGUAAUUUUACAUGCCCUGAACGAUUAUAUUAAUUAAAAUGCCCCCAAUAUGUUCUCUCUCUGUUGAGUUGCUGGGUUCAAACAAAAACAAAACAGUGGAUUGGAUUGAUUGGAUUGAAUCUGCUGAAACCUUGGGGCAUGAUCCAGCCAAAGCAAAGCACUUUUGUGUCCCAUUUAUUUAUAUGCGGGUAUGCAAUUUUCUCCCAAGGGAUUCAAAACAAUGCUUUAUUUUCAGUGGAUCGUGCCCAAGAUUUACAAUUAUUUGAUGGGUUUAUGACAAUUCUUGGAUGCAGAUUAACAUUUGUACAGUCCUCCUUUCUCCCUUCCCCCAAGAGGCAUAAGGUAGAUUCUGAAUGUCUCUCCUUUUGCUUCCUAUACACACUCUAAACACAUUCACCUAAAGAAGUCCCACUAAAAUAAAUGAGGCUGGUGUAUUAUAGUCUGAUCCUAAAGGUAGCUAUCUGCUUGGAACUAUACACCACUGAUUUCAGAGCCCUUUAAAUUUUCAGGAAAAAUAUACAUACCCCAAUUAUAUGCCUGCUUACUUCAAAAUAAGCAUACUUAUAUUUAAUAGGAGUCCUAUCGAGCUCUUGAUAUUUACUUCCUAGUUGGGCUCCAUGGAUCACAUACUUUUGCAGCUCAAUCCUAUAAACAUGCCUAUUGAGAAAGUUUCAACUGAAUGGGGCUUAUUUCCUCAAAUUUGCUAAUGAUUGCAGUCUUUUCUCUUUUUUUAGGCAAGUAUGGAAAUCAUGUAUUUCUGAUUUUUACUGCACUAGUUAUGCUAAAAUAUUGCCUAAAAGCAGCACAUGGGGGUUUGUUUUUAAAGAGGCUUUUCGCUAAGAUUAUUGACUGAGAUGAAGCAUGUAUUAUGAUGAACUAAGGAAAGUAAGUACAAUUACUCCAUCCCAUCAUACUCUCUUACCUUGUGAGGUAUGGGCCUGACUUCAAGAAAUCCAAGUUCUAAGCAAACUGAUUUACAAAAUGAAAGACACGAUCUAGAUCUAGUCAACAUUUAGAACAGCCACAGUGCAACCCUAGACAUGUCUACUCAGAAGUAAGGCUCAGUGAAUUCAGUUGGACUUCCUCCUAGGUAAGUAUGUAUGGGAUUGCAGUCUCAAGUGCAUUAUUAGAUCUCUCAUGUUGAAAUAAAUGAACCUUCAAAGUGCUUAGCUUUGCUGAAAUCAUGCCCAAUAUGAUUACACGAUUUGUCCCUGAAAUUGCAAGUUUGUCUGAUUAUAAUUUCCCACCGUAGAUUUCCCCCUUCACCCCAGUCUAGCCUUACUGUGAGGUACAAGUAAUUCAGAGACUCUGGAAUUGGGUGCUCAGACAUGACUGGGUGAGGCUGGAGCAAAGUGUUGCUUUGGGGGGGGCAGAUUUACAGAAAGCAGAUGAUGUAAGUAAAUCCUGCACAUUAUAAACUUAAAGUAACCACCAGGCCUGUGGGCUUCUUCCCCAGUGGAGUAUCCAGCCCAGCCUUUGAUGAAGUGACGCUCCCUCACAGCCCAGCUCUGCUUCAGAUAUUGUUUCAAACAGACUGAUGAAGCCCUUUUUGCCUCAUUUAAGAUAAAUAGAGAAUGUUGGGGGGAAAGUGUCUUCCCCUAUUUCUUUUCUUCGUUGUAUGAAAGCCAGGCCGGGUGAAGGGGGAGGAGGGCAGGGCCAGGCUGAGAUGUGGUGUCAGAUCAUGCAGAAUCUCAGAGAACCCAGCCUUGCACUGGCCUCUUCAGGAAAGAAAAUUUAAAUUAACUGCAGCAGUUGGUGUGUAUUUGUGUGUGUUUGUACUGGAGUUGGAGAAAACCUUUGCAUGGAAGCUGGUUCCCAAGGCUCCAACGGAAUAAGAGGAACCCUCCGUGCUAGCAGACCUUCCUGGCAAAGCUUUGAUGCUGCUUUGCCUGACAACAGCCUUGCUCAGGAUGCAACAAACUAGGAGCCAGGUAACACAAAGAAGCUCAUGGCUCAGCAUCACAGAGCAAAAGAUACCAUAGAAAAAGAGGCAUCUCUUUUUUGUGGCCAUCAGCUCUGCUGACACUGAUGCAUAGUGGAAUGAAAGGGACUAUUAUGUGUAAUGAUCAAAUGGUAUUUAUUUUAUUUCUUUAACAAGAUUUAUAUACCACUUAAUCAAAUAAUAAUAAUCCGUAAGUGGCUUACAUAUAGUAUUCAUUAACACUCUAAUAAAAUCAGACUUUGAAACAGUAAACAUAAUGAAUGAUCAAAAUAGAGAUAAAUCCAUUGGGGGGAAAUGCAUCUAAUUGAAACUGAAAAAUAAAUGCACCUAAUCAAAUUACAUGUCUGGGAAGGUUUGCCAAAACAGAAAAGUUUUUAGCAGUAGUCAAAAACAGAACAGCGAAGAUGCCUACCUAAUAUCUAUAGAUCAGCUGAUGUCACAGUAAAAACAAAUCAAUUUCUCACAAGAGUGGAACAAAUAUUUUGCAACCCUUGUAAAAGUGCCACUUCUGCAGAUUGAAGCAGUCAAGUGGCACAUCCAGGGUAAGGUGAGGGUCAUAGCUGUACUGUAGUAGUAACAGCUUAUUUGGCUUACUUUUGGCAGGGACUCAGCUAUUUCAAAUGUACUAUUUCAAAUUAUGCCAAUGUUUUGUCAAAAGAGGGAUACUUCUAUGAGGACAGAAAGCUAGGAAGGUGAGGAUAUUGGGGAAAACAUGGCAGCCUGGGUCUUCAACAGCAGCUAACAGAGAGCUUGCUGAAUAUGGAUGUAAGUGGUUCGCAGUGAAGAAGAGGUACAUAAUUUGGAGCAGAUUCUGCCUAUGUUGGCAGAAUGCACUGAGAAAGAGAAGUAUUCAUCUUCCAGGCAGAAAAGGAACCCCUACCAAGAAUUUAAGUUGAAAUGCGUGUGACUCAGGAAUCACUGAUGAUCAAGGCAUUUUUCCACUUCUUCCCGAGUUGUGCUUUCUUUCUUGUUUUGAACUGAUGAUGGAAGGUAAUAGAUGAGCUCUGAUACAGAUGCAACCCUUUCUUGCUGUCAUCCAGGGGAGAAAGUAUUGCUGUAUAGCUGCCCAAGAGUCCUAAGGCAAGCUGUCCUACCUAGCUUGCCUACCUACCAAGCUCCUACCUACCUACCUGCUGUGAUGCUCAAGCUGUAGCCCUUUGACUACUAGUGGUCCAUGAGCUCCAUUCAGAUGGUCCCUUAACAGGUUGCAGAACAGAUGAGAACAUCUGAACUCAGUAGCAGUCAUGUGAUAGGGCAGUGCCAUGGUGUUGAGUUGGGGCCAGAUGGUGGUGAGCUUAGGGCAGCCUAGGUGCACCAUUGGAGGCAAUCUGGCAUUUCCAUCAGUAUGCCCUUGCUGCUCCCUGCACCAUCUGGGUAGGUAAGUGGCAGCAGCACUGCUCUUGAGAGGGCACUGUUCUAAUAUGUCAACUGUUCUUGUUUGUACCUGGGUGUACAAUAAUGUACAACAAUGUACAAUAAUGUACAACAAUAUUUUCUGACAAUAAUGAUUAAGGUUAGUUCGACUGGUGCUAGAAUGUCAAACAGGUUAACCGGGCCCUAAUCUGUACAUUGCAGAUGAAUAAAGGUCUCACAAGGGCCAGGAGGAUGCCAAAGUGGUUAAUUAGCAAAGUUAAGAAGCUCUCAGAGGCAAAAAGACUUUCUUUUUUUAAAAAAAAUAAAAAUCAAAGACUUGUCCAUACAAAGAGAACAAAAAGGAACACAAACUUUGGCCAAAAAAAAAAAAUUAGUGUAAGCAGAGACUAAUAUAUGCUAAAAAAGAAUUGGAGAAGAAUGUUGCAAACACACACACACACACACACACACACACACUAGACCAACAAGUAGGUCUUUACAUCCAUUAAUAGCAGCAGACUACCUAGGGAGGUGGCUGAACCCUUGGAUGACAAGGGAGUCAAAAAUGCGCUAAAGGAGGAUAAGGAGAUUGGGGAGGGGGGAAGCUGAAUUAAUUAUUUCAUAGAAUCAUAGAAUUGAAAAGGUGCACUUAUCUUCACAAUGGAAGAUGUAGAGCAGAGCACUAACUUUUGGAGGAAGGGAGUCUGAGAAACUGAAGCAGAUAGUGGUGAAGAGAGACAAAAUUCUAGACAAAAUAAAAAUGAACUAAUGUAAAAAGGUAAAGGUACCCUCUGACCAUUAGGUCCAGUCGCAGACAACUUUGAGGUUGCGCGCUCAUCUCACUCUAUAGGCCGAGGGAACCGGCGUUUGUCCGCAGACAGCUUCCUGGUCAUGUGGCCAGCAUGACUAAGCUGCCUCUGGAGAACCAGAGCAGCACAUGAAAACGCCGUUUACCUUUCCACCAGAGCGGUACCUAUUUAUCUACUUGCACUUGAUGUGUUUUCGAACUGCUAGGUGGGCAGCAGCUGAGACCAAACAACGGGAGCUCACCCCGUCACAGGGAUUUGAACUGCUGACCUUCCAAUUGGAAAGCCCUAGGCUCAGUGGUUUAGACCACAGCGCCACCCGCGUCCCUAGCUUAAUGUAUGUCCCCCCAAAAAAGAUAAAAUAACCAAGCAUAUAGAAGAACAAGCCUUGCUGCAGCAAAGCCUGCAUGGCUUCUGCAAGGACUAGUCCUGUCUCAUGACAAAGUAAAGUUAUUUUAGAGUGUCAACAAGCAUAUAGAUAGAGGUGAUACAGAAGAGGAGAGGUUCUGUUGUUGAUCACAAAUUGAUUACGGUAAGUUGCAGGAAGCAAAUAAAAGGAAUAAAUGGACAGAUCUCCAAAUGGAGACAUGUAGACUGUGGUGUCCCCCAAGGAUGAGAACUAGGGGCUCUGCUUUUUAACUUGUUCAUAAAUGACUUAGUGUAACAGGUGAGCAGUGAGGAGGCGAAGACUGCUGAUGACACUACAGGGUCGUUAAACAGUGCUGUAGUUGGGGGGGGGGGUUAUAGAGGCUCCCAGCCUGUGUCUUUGACCCUGGUGAAAUAAAGCCUAGUUUCACCCCUGCAUUAAAACAAAAAGAGAUUGUAAAGUGCUCUAAAAGGACCUUACCAAACCAAGUGGAAUGGCAACUGCAAUUCAGUGUAAACAACUGUAAAGUGAUGCAUGUCAGAGCAAACAAAUCUUAAUUUCCCAUAUAUGUUCAUGGGGUCUGGUGCUAAAUGACCAGGAACAAGACCCUGGGUUCAUAGCAGAUAGCUUGAUGAAGACAUCAACCCAGUUGUGCAGCAGCUGUGGAACAAGCAAUUCCAAGCUAGGGAUCAUUAAGAAAGGAACUGAAAAUAAAAUUGCUGAUAUAAUGUAGUUAUAAAAAUCUAUGGUGCAAUCUCAUUUAGAGUAUUGUGUACAUAUCGUAAAGUUGGAACAGUGCCAGAGAAGGGCAACAAAAAGAUCAAGGGCACUGCCAUGAGGAAAAGAGGCAGCAUUUGGCAGUUUAGAAAAAAGGGAGAGAAAGAGAUGAAAUUAUAAAAGCUUAUAAAAUUUGUAUGCAUGACAUUGAUAGAGAAAAGUUUUUCUUCCUCUCUGGCCUCGCCCAUCACUGGCGUGGCCACGAUAUGUUUUUCCACAAUGGAAUGAGGCCCUCAGAUGGAUCACACACACACACCCCCCGCAAACUCCCGUAUUUUAGAGACAGCUGUUCUCAUUCUAGAACACACAGUAUUAAUUUCUAAGACCAGGACACUUACUAUUAAUUAAUUAAUUAAUUAUUAUUAUUAUUUACUCCACUUUUUCUCCUAGGAACUCAAGGGUUCUCCCACCAACAUGCUCUUACUUUUUCUUCAAAACAACCCUACAAGGUGAGUUAGACUGAAAAGCAGACUGAUUCAAAGUAUAGUAUUGGCCCAAAUAUAAGUCACACCUGAAUAUAAGACAUACCUUCAAAAUUCAGGGGGGGAGGGGGAGAAAAAAACCAAGACGCGAAUAUAAGCUGCUCCCUUAAAAUUCCACAGGCACGCACACCCAUUCCGUUUUACCGUAUGUCUGGUUCAGCAGCGAUAUCAUAAAAGCCUAUUUUUCCAAGGUCACGAAUUUAAGCCACACUUUAACUUUUCAGAGUCGGAAUUUUGAAAAAAAGUGAGGGUUAUAUUCAGGCCAAUGCAGUAGUUGAUGGUUAUGUGGAAACUUGAAUCAGGGUUUUUUCACACCUAGCUCAAUGCUCCAACCACUACACCACUUUGGGUGUUCCAGCCAAGUCAAUUUCCACAGAAUUACGGUACUUCCAACUGUCACAAAAUGACCCUUUGGCAAUCACCAGCAACAAGUCAAGGGGCUGCUUUUGACUUCAUGUUGGAUUGCGAAGAUGAAGAACUGAGAGCUGUAGAUGGUCCACUGCGAACUAAACAAACAGAUCUGAGGAAAUUAUUCUUUGGAAUGAAUAAGAUUAAACUCCUGAAGAAUCACCUCUAAGAACAAGAGUAAGAUAAAAUGAGAAUUCUGCUGGUUAAGCAAAAAUCCUUUUUAUUGAGAAGGGCCUUUGGCCUGAUGAUAUUCUGACUCCUUGUGACUACUGCAAAUAGGUUGCAAUUUGUUCAACUGGCUGCUGUUUUUUAUCAGUUUUAUUGUUUUUAUUGUAUAUUCAACUGCUUUGUUUUUAUGUUCUUAAUAUUUUGUAGUUUGCACUUUACAGCUGUUGGCUGCCUUGGAAUAAGUAAUAAAUAAAGAAAUUCAAGGACUGUUUUCUGUACCCACCUGCUCAAAAAGUAAAAGAGGUUUUUCCCUUUGAGGCAACAUUUUAUGUUGGAAUUUCAAAGGAACUAGAGAGAACAUUCUUCUCAACCAGAAUCCGUGAGGAGAAGAUCUCUUGAAGGACUUAUUGGGGGGGGGGGCAUUCACAAUUUUACAGGCCCCAGCCAAGAGCUUUAUCAGCUUGCACCAGCUGUGACUCAGGCACCCACUUGGUGUGAAUGGGUUGUUUCUCUGGAACAUUAUCAUAAUUACUUCUGAAAGCCUGGCUCCUUUUAAACUAUUUUCUCCUGUAAAUAUUUAGCCCACUGAUUUUUGUUAGGCUUGUAAAUAACACCCCCUCCCUUCUCCUAAGCUUGCUGUUUUUAAUCAUAAAAGCAUCCUUUGAGAGUAACGGAAUGAUAGAGGGGAAUGCAAAGGGCUGGAUGCAAGCAUAGCUUUAUCCAGAGCAGGGUUAGCUAAUAAGGUUACAAUCCCAAGCAAACAUACUAGGUAACAGGGCUAAUCUGAACAUUCAGGCAACUGCUUGAUGGCACAGUUCAAGGAAUACCCAUUUCACUUGUGUGUUGUUGUUGUUUUUAAUUUUUCAUACCACUUCCAAUGCAAUCAGGUCCCACAUAAACUGGAUGUAAGACUGAAUGUGAUAUUGCAUGGGGUUAUCUUACGAGCCAUAUAGCUGGAAGGAACCUCAAAGAUCAACAAGCUCAAUCCCCUGCUGACAUAGGAGAUCUGUUGCUACAGCAUUCCUGAUAGGCAGCUAUCCAGCCUCUGCUUAAAACCUUUUAACAAAGGAGAGUCCACCACUUUCUGAGGCAGUCUGUUCCACAGCUGAACAGCUCAUACUAUCAGGAAGCUCUCCCUCAUAUUUAAUAAAAAACCACUUUUUGUACUUUGAACCCAUUGCAUCUGGUCUACCUCCCCAGGAAACAAAUAACAGGAAACAAAUUGAGUUCAUCAUGUACAUGACAGCCCUUUAAAUAUUUGAAGUCACUUCUCCACUUAGGACUUGGUCUCUAAGACCCCCACCAUCUCUGUCCACCUGCCUCUGGACAUGUUCCACUUCUCAAAGUGUUCUUUAAGUGUGGUCCCCUUAGAAAUACCCUUUAUUGGCCCCGUCUCUUUGUCUCAGAAAAAUGAACUUUGGAAGAAUGUCCCAUUGAGCUCAGUGGCACUUACUUCUAUAUAAACCUGCAUUGCAGCACAGUGUAUAUACAUGCAGGAUAAAUCUCCAUACAUAUCAACUAUUCAAAGAAUCUUCCAUCCAAUCACAGGCUCUUUUUUCAACUUUCCUUAAGAGUGUAGCCAGGGGACUUUUCCUAUAUGAUUUCGUAAGGCCUUUGUGAAUCUUUACUGUAUAAAUAAUCUAAAAUUUAUUCCUAUGCUUAUUCAGAUAAUUCCAUUCCCUUUGGUACCUACCGAUGUACAUGACAAUCACAGCAGUUUGUCCUAUGUAUUUUUACUUCUCAGUAAAUGCAUAGGAUUGCAACCUCCCUAACCUUAGUGAGAUCAGAGGAAACAGAGAGGCACUCUUAGCUCAAAAGCUAGCUAGCUAAUUGUUCUUUCAAUAAUACAGAGAAAUGUAUAUUUCUUAUAAACAAGACUCGAUACAUGAAAAGCACUACAGAAAUAGUAAGUCAUUACAAUAACUCUCCAACAGAAAUGUUAUUAUUCAUUUCAUAUGCAUUCAAUUCAUUUCAAAAUCCAUAUGUUGCUUUCAGUGCAAAAUCCAGGGGUAGCAAGUUGCACAUGACCAAGAAAGGGAAAAUGCAACAAAAAAAGAGGAUGAGAGAGGGGACACAGAUUUGUAUAAUAUUUGCAAAUGCAAACUUAUAGCUACAGGUGCACAUUUAGAGAAAAUUAGUAUAAUUGAAAUUGAAAUAUAAUACAUCUAACUAAGGUAGAGAAGACUUAGACCAGGUUACCUGUAUGCCUGUUCAGUUUGCUGUCCCAGUGCUAACUGUUGAUAGGCAACUUAAAAUCUCCUGUUCUUCCUUCUUAGGGCUAUCUUUAAACUGGGCUUAAGCCGGAUAAAUAGAUACCGUAACUAUCCUCUGACAGCCCUUUAGAUAAAAGACAGACCUCUGUAAAGUAGGACACAUGGCAAAACACGGAUAAGGCUAUCAGUGGCUAUCAGUGAUGUAUGGGGUUCUGGGGUAGUUUGUCCACACCCUGGGAACAGCUUCAACUGGCCAACUAAACCAGGUGAGGGGUCUCAACUAAACCUUGGUGAGUUAGGGACUGCCUUUGCAUGUGAAGACAGGCUCCGGCAGAUUGAGUGGACAAGACCAAUAGUGGGUCCAAUGGUCAAGAAGGCAGUUUCUGCAUGUGCCAUAGAGGGAAGUGAGGGGCAGAUGGGGCUUGUCAACCUGGGAAGGUAGCCCAUCUAGGAGAAGGAAAACUCUGAUCCUAACCUUCUGCUGCCUUGUGGGAUAUCUUCAGGAGAAGAAAAGGCAAAGGAAUAAACUCUACACCAUGGGUAGGCAAACUAAGGCCCAGGGGCCGGAUCCGGACCAAUCGCAUUCUAAAUCCGGCCCACGGAUGGUCCAGGAAUCAGCACGUUUUUACAUGAGUAGAAUGUGUUCUUUUAUUUAAAAUGCAUCUCUGGGUUAUUUGUGGGGCAUAGGAAUUCAUUCUCUCCCCCCCCCCCAAUAUAGUCCAGCCCCCCACAAGGUCUGAGGGACAGUGGACUGACCCCCUGCUGAAAAAGUUUGCUGACCCCUGACACAAAUACAGAGCGGAGUCCCUAAGACGGAUGGCGUCUUGUCUGCCUCCUUCUGGCAAAUCCUUCAGCCAAGGUAGUACCAAAAGCAUUGCUCUGCUUUCCUUUGUACCACAUCAGCGAGGCUGAGAGGAGGGUCUUGUUGUUUGGGCAGCACAGGAUCACAGCCCAGACUUGUACCCCAGAGAGUUCACUUUGGUGCUGCUAAUACAGCAAAAACAACACAGGAGGCAGCAGUUCUGAGCAACUGGUCUUUGCAGUCACAACGCUGUGACUCUCCAGCAGUUUGACUUCAACUUCAGAAGCGCAGCUCCAUUGUUUCCCCCAAGACAGUUGGAGGCCAACAUGGCUACUAGCCAUGAUGGCUAUUCUCUACCUCAAUUGUGAGGGGUAGUAUGCCUCUGUAUACCAGUUGCUGAAAACCACAGGAAGGGAGGGUUGCUGUUGCAGCACUCAUUCUGCUUGCACUCAGGUUCUGCUUGUGGGCUUCCUAUGGGCAUAUGGUUGGACACCAUGAAAACAGGAUGCUGGACUAGAUGGGCCAUUGGCCUGAUCCAGCAGGGUUCUUCCUACUGCUCUUCCCAAGGUAGUUCUGAACCUUCUGAAAUGGUUAGUAACUAAAAUAAUCUGAUACCAGCAUUUUUGCUGGUCCUUUGUAAGAAUUAAUAUCUAUUAAAGGGCACAGAGAAGCUCUGGAUCUGGCUCAUUUUCAAAGAAAGUCAGCUGCAGACAAUAAAAUAGGGCUGCCAACUGGCCAAAAAGCAACUGCCCUUGUCUGUGCUUUUAACAGAAGUUUGGUAUGCAGGAAUCAGCAGGAAAAAGCUUUUUGUGGAGAUAAGCAUUAUCACCUGCUAAUGUCUGCACAUCAAAGCUGUCUUUAAAAAAAGGCACAAUCCUACUUUAAGCCCUUAGCUCCUCACUGGAAGUGGAGUGACUAACAAGCACACUUUUACUUGGAAGUCUCUUUUGAGUUCAGUGGGGACUUCCCUAGAAAAUGUGUGCUGGACUACAUUCUGCAAAGAAUACACAUAACAACACCAAUUCUAUUUGAAACCAAGCUCAAUUUAUUUCAGUGGGACCUAUCUCAGUACAAUAUGGUUAUGACUGGGGUGUACCUUUGAAAGAGUAAAAAGGUACUACAGUGGUACCUCUGGUUACGUACUUAAUUCGUUCCGGAGGUCCGUUCUUAACCUGAAACUGUUCUUAACUUGAAGCACCACUUUAGCUAAUGAGGCCUCCUGCUGCCGCCGCGCGAUUUCUGUUCUCAUCCUGAAGCAAAGUUCUUAACCCAAGAUAUUAUUUCUGGGUUAGCGGAGUCUGUAACCUGAAGCGUAUGUAACCCGAGGUACCACUGUACUGGAUUACUAGAUGCACACCCCUGUAUCAUCUUUUCGAGGGCACAUCUGCUCGCCCACAUCUGUAUUCCUUCUCACUUCUCAGCAUAAAUUAAGACAUGCUGAGGCCCUAAAACUAUGCCAAGUUCAAGAGGCCCCGCAGCAUUACAAAUUAAAAAUAUGUGCUCUCACUGGACCUCAGCUGCCACCGCUGCUGUGUGACAGCCAGAAGAAAUUUUGAUAUUGUUACAAUAUUAUUGUACACCCCCCCACACACACACAAUGCACAGACAAAUAAACGCGAUAUGCCAGUUGUGCGGACCUGAAGUAUACUUUUGUCACAUCGCAAGAAUAAUGUCCGUUUUCCGUUUCUUUGGUUUUUAAAACCAAUUAUGUACCAAUUAUAUAGAUAAACCUAUAUUUAAAGUCGUACAUAAUUGGUUAGAGUCAGUGUGGUGUAGUGGUUAAGAGCGGUAGUCUCGUAAUCUGGGGAACCGGGUUCGCAUCUCCGCUCCUCCACAUGCAGCUGCUGGGUGACCUUGGGCCAGUCACACUUCUUUGAAGUCUCUCAGCCCCACUCACCUCACAGAGUGUUUGUUGUGGGGGAGGAAGGGAAAGGAGAAUGUUAGCCGCUUUGAGACUCCUGAAGGGGAGUGAAAGGCGGGAUAGCAAAUCCAAACUCUUCUUCUUCAAUAUAUAUUUAUUAAAAGAAAUGUUAGUCCGGGGUUAAAGCCCUUUAGCCCCUCACCUUUAACGUGGAACUUGCAGGACUGCCGUUUCUGCUGCAGAGGAGGUGUGGGCCGCCAUCCAUCCCCUCAGUUCUGGGCGCUGAAGGAGGAAGGAAGCUGCUGCGCCGCCGCCUUCUCUCCAGGGACGCCCGCCGCCGCCGCCGCGUGGCGGGAAAAGGAAGGCCAAGGAGCGGGGAAGUGGGGUUGUUGUUUUCCCCCCGCCUUUAGUGAAGGGCCGGCCAGGUCAAUCAUUUCCUUUGCAUGGAGCUCCCGGCAAGCGAGGAAGCGCCGCCGCUCUCCCGCUCUUCCUUCAGGUCUGCGCAAAAAGGAAGGCCUAGGCCUCGGCCCACUCCUUAGCGACACGCCGCGAAGAAGCUCCCCGGGGGUGCUUAUCUCACCCGGAGGGUAAGAGAACUUGGGUCCUACCAAGUCCCAGUCAAGCGAGGGCGGUGCCUGCGAGAGGGCCGCAUUCCCCUCAGCCCCGCAUCAUCUUCAGGAUCACAGAAGAUGCAGUUCCCACCAACCUUUCUCCUCUGCCCAGUCAUAGAAUCACAGAAUUGUAGCGACCAGCCAGAUCUUCUCUCACAUACAUACAGUGACCAUUUAGGCAUCGCCCCUCUCCCCCAAAGGAGGGCCCUGGGAUUUGCAUAUGCUAAUUGAUAUUAAGCCUACCUGCCAGUUUAGUAACAAAUAUUAUAAAUUAAGUAGAAAGGCAACUCGCCACCAGUGGAGAAGGCUGGUGAUCUCUUUGUGCUUGCUCAGUCUGCAGCCUGUUGACUCCCAAAGACCCUGCUUUCCUUUCUUAAUUGUUCUUUUCUCUUUAAAUCAGACUUAAAAGUAGAGGACUGUCCAUGUUAUAGUAUGGCACUUGGCCACUCUAUCCAUAUGCAAGUCCAACUGCCUGCUGUGCUGCAAUCACACACACAUUUCAAAGUGUGCUCAAAGCACAUUCACAGCACAUUGGGCCUCUUUGAUAUAUAGGUCUGACUAGGUUCUCACUCACAACAUAGGCAAGCAGUCCUACUGAGUUCAAUAGAACUUCUCAGGAGGUGUGCAAGGGUUUGUAACCAUGCAAGGGCUUAAAAUCAAUUGGACACAGCUGAAUUUGCCUCAUAAUCAAAAUGCAUAGGAUAGUGGUGGUGUAAGCGUUAUUUUGCUGGUGCACAUUCCAUAAAUGUACUUGGGUUAUGCAGUGUUAGCUUGUGAACAUCUGGGUAUUGUUUGCUGAUGUUACAUUCCUCUGGGUUUCAUAUUAUGCUGCUAUCACUGCUUCCUGCCAAUUUAAGGUACAAAUAAGGCACAAAUGGCAGCAUUACUUAUCCACUUAUGGGAUUAUCUUCCAAAAGGGAGGACUUGAACACCUUCUUUGUUACAGCAUUAAAAGCUAAAGGCAUUAUCCAGCCACAUUAAAAUCAGCGGGGCUUUUUGUUUAACAGGAAUAUGGAUAGAACCAUUGCAGAGCUUUUGCCAGUGCCCAGAGAAUAUCUCUACUUUCAGGAGAGGCUUGGUGAUGUUAUCACUACAGAUAAUUGUGCAGAAAGCAGAAUGCCCUCACCGUCUCUAAUACUUCGGAGAUUGCAACAGUGGAGUUAUCUAAACUAUUUCUACAGCCCUAUCGCUGUAAUAGCCAGGUGCUGAAAUCACUGCUGUAGAUCACAUCCAGAUGGCUUGGGAUAUGGAGAGAGUGAAGGAUUUAGCAAGUUAGGCUGUGUCUGCAAUUUAUUUGUUGGGGAAAGUCUAUCCAGUACAGCUAAAUUGGGAAAGCUAGCUAGAGCACACACAUACACACACACACAAUGAAACAAAAGGAAAUAACAAUUAAAAGUGGAUACUAGCAAUGCCAACUAGCCAGAAAAAGCAGCCUGGCCUGCUCCUGUGCAGAUAUGAUAGCAACUUGAUAUGCAGGAAAAGGAAGGAGAAGCAUCUUAGAGCACCCAGAUAUGCAUGAUCACCUGCCAAUGUCUGCACAUUAAGCUGUGGUCAAAGUACAGGACAGAAGCUGGUGGCAAAAAUAAAAAAUGCAACCGUAGUGACAACCAAGACACAAAGACAUGGCAAUGGUUACUAUAAGAAUUCCUGACUCUGCUUUUCCAUGGUGAUCCUUUAGUUUUGCAGGAAGGAUUUGUCCAGUGGAUGAAUUGUUUGGGGCACAUACCAGUAUAUAGCAAGGAUGUGACUGUUAUUUGCAAUGUUACUUGUGCAUUGUUGCGUAGGGAGAAUCUCUCAUUCUAAGCCACAGGAUCUAACUGGCCCUUCAAGCUUAUAUUUGUUACUUUCUCUAAUUUGAAUAUCAUGUUCAGCAAUCAGCACUUUCCUUAUAUUCUUUGCUCUCAGUGCCUUAAAAGGAAACAAAUAUGGUGGCGGGUUUCCUGAAUGCAGCACGGCAAAGAUAGCAUGUUGUUUCCAAAAGAUCUGGAAGGUAUCAGAGCUUGAGAAACUUCAAGCCCCCAGCCCAGUGAGUUUGGCAAGCAAAUGGAAUCAUUCCAUAUGGAGAAAUACCAUGGCAAUAGCACCAGGAGAAGAGGUAGGUCUGUUUAGCAACAUUGGCAGGGGUGUGUGUGUGUGUGUGUUUACACAAUGUGGCAAAAACAAGUCCCCAGUGACAGAUGAAUGCCAGAUACUUUGAGUGUUAUAUGUGGAAGGAGAGAAAGCAGAAAGGCCAAGCAUUGGCAGGAUGGAAGGCAUGGCAGAGCCAAGCUAGCAAGCCAAAUGUGUUUAGGCACAGAUCAUGAAGAAACUGGCAUCUAUAGUAAGCCAGAAAUCCCAAACUAACAGUUAAAAGGGAAAAAAAGGGGAGGCACCAGCACCACUCUCUCCCUCCCCAAAAUCCCAGGCAAUUUGGGUGGGAUUGUGCUCUUGUUCUCUCGGAGCAAGGGAUGAGCAUUGCUUACAACUGACCCAAGAUGGAGAUUCUUGAUCCAUCACCAGAAGUCCCCUGUCCAUCCAAAAAGAUUGUGGAAGUGAACAUGAACACAUACACAUAAUUACAAAAUUAUGCACCAUGGGAAAGAUUCUCUGUCGGGUCAUAAACCUCAUUAAAACCACAGGGUGUAGUUUACCUCCAGGAACUGACCUGGUAUGGUGUAUUAACACUAGUAAGCAUUCAGGAUUGCGGUCACAUGAGUUCACAUAUCCGUCAUUGCUGUUCACUAAUGAGAUUAUUGAAGGUAGAAGCUAUCUUCUCCUCUCCUCCAUCAUGGAUAGCAGUUGUUGAUCAGUGAUUUCAUGUGCUUGGACUGAAGCAGUGAUGCCAAAGUGCAAAAUGACCUAUGGAAACUUGCAAAUGUUGUCACUGAGACCCCUUUUGCAAUCCUGUGCAUGCUUAGCUGGGAGUUAGCAGUACUGAACAUAGUGGAACUUACGAGUAAACAUGCAUAGGAAUAUGUUGUAUAAGUAACAGUCAAGUCUGCAGUGGGCAAUUUACUUGAAUUCUUGUAUGGGAAAGAUUAAGCCCCUUUCGGGGGACAAGAACUUAAUUUGCCCAUUCUGUAGCUCUAGGGGAAGCUCUAAGGCACCAUAGAUUAUAGGAGUAUAUUUAUUUACUUUAAUCAGCAAACAGACAUGUAAUCAUAUUCACAUUUACUCAGAAGUAAGUCCCACCAAGUUCAGUAGGACUUACUUCAAGGUAAGGUAGCGUAGGAUUGUGCCAUAAAUAAGAUUUUAUAGAUCAUAAGUCUGACACACACUAUAUAAUAUACAACUUUGUUCAGCAGAAAAAUAUUAUGAAGUCAUUGCAUUACAGGAAUUCACACUUCUUCACAUAUGUUUGCUGUGCAUUUAUUAAUGCAUAGUGUAUGGGGUUUUGUUUUGCUUUUUGCACAAUCUAUCUGAUAUGUGGUCUUCUCCAGUACAGCAGAGUAGUAAUCCCAGAGGAUGUAUGAAAAAUGAUGCAACUAUUCCUGCGAAGCAAGGAUAAAGUUUUUUAGCUGAGAAUAAUAAAGAAAUUCAGAUGGCAAAAGUCAAAGAAAAAGUAAGACAGAUUGAAUGUUUUCAGCACUGAGAUCUUAAAUAUGUUAUUUGGAUGUAAGUUCCAUUGUUUUCAGCAGGACACACUUUUAUGUAGUGUGUUUAGUUCUGGACAUUUAUUGAUACUCUUCCAUAGUUUCUUUAGUUUUCCAGUUAGGGAAGACUUCUGUGAGCAACAUAACAUCACUCUAUUACUAAUUUAAUUGGUUUAAGCCUGCAGAGGCAGUACUGUACUGCAAUGUAUUGCUGAAUUAAAGCCAGAGCACUGUUUUCAAUCACCCUCUGAGGACAGAAAGUAAAACUUAAUUCCAUUGAUUUCAGUGUAUCUCUUCUGAAUGUGACUUGCUUAUGUAUCACCCAGUGAGUUUAAGUUAGCUCUUUAGUAGAUUGGUGACUGUCCUUGCAUUUGAGUUCUUAUAGAGCACACACAAAAACCCCAACACUUCACUUCAAAUGGCUCCAGUGUUGUUACUAUGACUCUUCCAGGCAACCUGUUUAUUGAGCAUUCAUCCUGAUUUCCUUGCACAAAGCUGAUGCAAAGGUUAGAUUAUUUUGAAUUGGUUUACUGGGAGGUUAUGUGACAAUGAGCAUUCAUCCUGGUUUGCUUGCAGGGUGAUUAUAUGUCUUUUUAUUAAGCAUUUUAUUAAGCAAGGAAAUCAUCCCACACUUUUCAGGGCAUCUCCCCAUCACUUUACUAACUGCCAGAAGUUAGUUAGGUUUUUCCUUUUAUUUUUAAGUAGAUUUGUUGUGCUAGGGCAACAGAGCAUUUAAUGUACUUUAAGUGCACAAACCUAAAUUUCUGGUAUGUGUGUGAAUCGCUCCUGGAAAAUUCUGACAGCCUGGAGGCACCCUAUGCAUUCCUAACAAUAUUAAUCUGAAUUAGAACCUAAAGUCACCAUUGCGACCAAUCACAGUCACUGCCAUGGAUUCACAGAUUGUCAGGCAGGUAGCAGCAGUUGCCAAUAACUAUUUUCUGUGCUUGUCUCUCCUUGAAAGGAGAUGCAUCACCACACCUGCCUUCCUAGGUCUUGAGAGCUCCUGUGUCUAUCCACAGGAGGGUGGGAGUGCAGGCCUUUGGCUAAUUAAACCAUCUAUGACCUUUUAAACUGGGUAUGUUAGUUAUAGUUUUGUUAGUUAUUAUGUUAUUUAUUUUUGUGUUUUGUACUGUAAACAACCCUGUGAUCUUUGGAGGAAGGGCAGUAUAUAAAUUUAAUAAAUAAAAAUGAAAAAUAAAGCAUGGAGAGCUGUACAAAUGGAGCUGUCUAAAGCUGCUUGGUGGGAGGGAAGCUGAGAUAGUGCACAAUACACAUGGAACAUAGCUGUUACUGCAAACUGCUGUACGUGCAACAUGGCCCAUACUCUGUACCUCUGCCCCAGAUGUAAAGGUUUCACCACCACAAUCCCUUCCAGCACAAAGGAAUAUAGAUGGAAAUCUAAUUAACUGUACACAUUAGAUGCUGCUCUCUAUUGGUCAUCUUUCUUGGCUGUUGAUAUCCCGAGGCAAGGGCAACAUGUCUGGAAAAGUUUGUAUCCUGGGCUGUGGGCACAGUGGAAAGGUGAUCUGUUUAACUUGUUGUUCAGGCUAUUUACUUUUUGGUAUGUGCAAAAUGUUAAAUUGUACAAUAGCCCCUUCUGCAGUUAGCAUUACCAUCUGUCACUGAUUAUAUAUUUAAAUUGUAGAACUAAAUGAAACCCCACAAUUUCCUCUCCUUAACUUCCCUAUGAGAACAGACUGCCCUUGGCCACUGUCCCAGAUCUGCCCCACAACUUGUAAGGCACUGCCCAGAGGACUUCCAGAUAAACUGCACUGCAGCUCAGUCCAAACAACAACAACAAAAAAGAUUUUGGAAUGUGCAUGCAGGAAGCUUCCCUUUCUGGGGAUGUCUGUUUCAAUCUGCUCCCUAAAAUAAUCCUUACACUAGGGGCAAGCAGAAGUUAGAUUGAGAUCUGCUAAAACGCUGGGUAAUUUGCAGUAAGGGUUUGUGACCCCCAAUUGCUUAUUGUUUUAAUUUUAAAAAGGGUUAGAGUUGUUUUCUCCUAAAUUAGGUUGGCAAAACUAAGUUUGGGAGUAAAAUAGCAGUAGACUUUUUGAAAGGAGCAGGAGCUCAGUUUAUCAUGCUGAGCUUGCGCUCUGAGGCAUCCCAUUACCUAUUCUAAGCUUGUGUUUCCCUCACCUACACUUUUGCACCUGGCUUUGAUGGAACUUGGGGUUCCAGCAAAAGAUAAAGUAGAUCUUGCAAACUGCUCACCCCUGCUAUGCACUGUUCUGUGGGUGCCUCUUGCACUCCUCUGAGUCAUCUACAGAGUUUAAAAGAAAGAAAGAAAAAGCAAACACAUGCCAAAGAAAGAGAGGGCGUAAGUUGUUUAUCCCAUGUAGAGGAGAGAUCUCAUCUAGUGGAAGGAAGGUGUUCAAAUACUAUUUCCCAUCUUGUUUUGUUAUACAAGGCUGGAAAUACUGCUGUCACAGAGCUGGCAGUAUUUUGAUACCUCAACAGAAGCCUUGAUCACAUUGAUGCUGUGGACUGACAGGCAAUUGUGAGCAGUUGGUAUUUCAUUAGUACUUGCACUACAUUGCAUUCUGCAAGGAGAAUGGUUUAUUACAAAGUCUCUUCAGCUAUGAAGGGUAUUAAGACAAUGAAAUACUUCAGCUGUACUCGUUGUUAGGACAAACUAAGGCUGUGAGUGACAUGCUCUAAUGAAGAUCAUUUUCUCCAUCUCAAGUCCCUGAGAAGAAGGGAUAUAGCUUAGUGGUCAUGCUCCAUAGACUUUCCUGUGUCCCAUAUUAAAACACUUUUUUUCUUUUUUGGCCAGAAUCUCCUCUUCUCAGCCUUCAUACUUCACUGCCUCCUUGUAAAUACCUUUAAAGUACUCCUUUUGUGGACAGUUUCAUAAAAUGAAUUGUCACUUUUCAGUAGAUAAGUACUGAUUCCUUUGGGAAAACCACAGGUACAUGCUGCAGGCAAGAAGUAAUGCACACUUUGUGUUGGUUCAGCUUCUUCUUUUCCCCAGUGUGGGUUGUCUGAUGGGGAAUUUGUGCAGUUGGAAAAUUUGCCAUUAAAAACCCCUGAAUCUUCAUUUUUUAUAUAUAUUGCUGCCAUGAAAAACAUUACUUUCCUUAUACAGAGAGAGAGAGAUGAAUACAGGCAAGGAUCAACCACAGCUUUUGGGUUCUGCAGACACUCUUAUUUUUAUUGAUUUUUCCUGUAAAGACUCAGCCACAAUGGAAAAUUAUUCUCUUCAACACAAGCAUCACAACAGUUGCUAGUCAGCCUCCCUAAAGAACUUCACAGCCCACUCUUUGAAAACCACCAGAUCUGCAGAGUCUGUGUUAUGGAGAAAGGGAGCCACCUUAUGGUUAUUCCAGCUAUUUUCAAUAUACAGAGUGGGAAAGGGAGGCCAGAAUAAAGGCUCAAAGAAGGGAAGGGGCAAAUGUUAAAGUGCAGCCCAAAUCUUUUUACAAAAGGAAUGCAGCAUCAAUAAACUCUAGUACAGCUGCCAUUAUAUUGAAUGUAAAUCUGCAUCUUGUACAUUCAGCAAUACAGUCCAAUAACAAAACCAGUGGUGUUGCUGUAAACUAUGCAGCAAAAAUUAUUUUUGGACCAAAAAAGUUUUUUUUCUCCACCUCCUCCCCUAAAAUUCUUUGCCCAACAUACAUCCUCAUGACGAGUUCUGACGGAUUCAAAAGCUUGCUCCCUAAUUUGUGACGUUUUGGUUGGUCCUAACAAAGGGACAAAACAGAAAUGAUUUAAUCCAUUGUCAUGCAUGCAACCUCUGCUUAGCUUACCUGGUGGGUUUCCCUCAAAUAAAAGCUUAUCUGCUACAUAGGUCAGGUAAAGGCAAAGGUAAAUGACCCCUGGUUGGUUAAGUCCAGACAAGAGCAAUUAUGGGGUGCAGCACUCAUUUCACUUCAGGCUGAGGGAGCCAGCAUCUGUCCACAGACAGCUUUCCAGGUCAUGUGACCAGCAUGACUAAACUGCUUCUGGUGCAACGGAACACCAUGACGGAAGCCAGAGCCCACAAAAAUGUCGUUUACCAUCCCACCACAGUGGUACCUAUUUAUCUACUUGCGCUAGUGUGCUUUUGUACUGCUAGGUUGGCAGAAGCUGGGGCAGAGCAACGGGAGCUCACCACCAUCGCACGGAUUUGAACUGCCAACCUUCCGAUCGGCAAGCCCAAGAGGCUCAGUGGUUUAGACCAGAGCACCACCUGUGUCCCUAUGUACAGAAGUAGCAAAUGGCACUCCAGGAGAUGAUAUUAUUGUCACAGCAGUGAAAUUAGCAGUGGUGCUUCACUCUGCUCAUCCCUGCUCCACUAUACCACUGAGCCGACCUGAAGGCAAGUCGCGUGUCACUCAUUUCCAAAGAUUCUGGCAAACUGCAGUGGUGCCUUGUAAUUCAUCAGGUAUCCUAAAAAUAAAUAGCAUUAUCUUAUCUUAAGGAAAGAGGUCCAACUAGAUAACUUAGGGUGGCAUUCAGUUACAUUUUUUUGAGCUAGUACAAGGAUUAGGAAUAGUGCAAGGGGAAUUCUACCCCCUCCCUUGUGCACACCCCGCACCAUUCCAUAAUCUGUUCUGGAGGGUUGGGGGGGAAUCCCAGAACAGAUUGAGGGGGGUACAGGGGAAGGGGAAUAUCAUUCCAUUGCUCAAGGAGAAAUCCUUGCACUGACCAGUGAUCUGCUUGACACUACACUGAAUACAAUCCCUAAUGUCUCUCCUUGUUCCAUGGAUUCUGUGAAAACUCAAGGAAUCAGCAAUAGAAAUUCACUGAUUUGUGUAACUGUAUUGGGAACACCAAAGAUUGUGCCCCGGCCCAGGUAAACAAAUGCAGUAUGUGGAUGUAUGCAUUGGCUCUGAUCUUGUCUGAACUUUUCACUCCCCAUUGUGUCACGUGCACUGUCUAAUUAGCUUGUUAAGUAGACAUAGCUUUACUUACAGAUAGGUAGCCGUGUUGGUCUGCCGUAGUCAAAACAAAAUAAAAAAAAUGAAGUGUGCAUGCACACAAAAGCUCACACCAAUAACAAACUUGUGAGCUCCUGUUGUUCGGUCCCUGCUCCUGCCAACCUAGCAGUUAGAAGGAACGUCAAAGUGCAAGUAGAGAAAUAGGUACCGCUCCGGCGGGAAGGUAAACGGCAUUUCCGUGCGCUGCUCUGGUUCGCCAGAAGCGGCUUAGUCAUGCUGGCCACAUGACCCGGAAGCUGUACACCGGCUCCCUCGGCCAGUAAAGCGAGAUGAACGCCGCAACCCCAGAGUCGGCCACGACUGGACCUAAUGGUCAGGGAUCCCUUUACCUUUACCUUAAGGUGCUACUGGAAGGAACUUUUUUAUUUUGUUUAGACAUAGCUUGUCAUGUUUCCCUGCUCUGCCCUGCCAAUGCUAAGUAGUGGCUACAUAAAGAUGCAGCCCUAAACAGGGCAGAAUGCCAUUCCCCUCCACUAAUAAUAAUAAAAUGGUCUAACAAGAUGGUAUUGCAAUACAUCGAGGUAUUUCUUUGUUUUUGUAUUUACAAUUAUGUAGUAUAUUAUGAAAAAUAAAGGGUUUUCUUCCUAGGAAAAAUAAUUAAUUGUAUCCUGAUCUUAAGCAUCUUAACUUGGAAGUAUUCCUAUUAAUUUCAGUGAAACUUACUUCUAAACACAUAUUAAAUCCUGGAGAUUUAGAAAGAUGGGGACAGAUUUAGUCUAACCAGAUUAGAGAUUAAGCUGAUUUCAUAAUCCCAGCAAAGGAUUGCGGCUAUAGUGAAUCAUUUAAACUAACAUGUUUUUCACAAAUGUGGAUUUUUGUUAGCAAGACAGAAUAACUUCACAAAGGGCUUUGCCAGAUAUAUAUCUUUCCUAAGGGUGAGCUAGUAAUACAAUUUUAUCUUGGCACUUUACUGGCAGUAGCAUUUCAAGCAAUGCCCCCUUUUCCUUAGCUGCGAGGGGAAAUGGCACACCUUCCACAAGUAAAAACAUGUAAUUAUAUAAGGUGUCACUUUAGCACUAUUUAUCUAUUUCCUUACAUCUGUAUCCCACCCUUUCUUCCAUCCCAAGAUGGCAAAAAUGAGCUCACUAGAGAAAAUGAGCUCGCAGUUUCCAAAAAGAAAAUGACCAUUAGAGAGAGACAGUGGCUGAAGGUGCCUGUAAUGUCCUGGCAUCCAAAUGGCACAAGCAGAUUGUGAGGUAGGACUUCGGAUGUGCUUCACGUCUGAGCGUUUAUAGCCUCUUUGUAGUAUUUGCCUUACUAACAGAAAAGCACAGGAAUAGAGCAAGUCACACCAUUGGUCUACCUAGUUUGGUACAGUUAAAGCUAUGGUUUUCCCAGUAGUGAUGUAUGGAAGUGAGAGCUGGACCAUAAAGAAGGCUGAUCGCCGAAGAAUUGAUGCUUUUGAAUUAUGGUGCUGGAGGAGACUCUUGAGAGUCCCAUGGACUGCAAGAAGAACAAACCUAUCCAUUCUGAAGGAAAUCAGACCUGAGUGCUCACUGGAAGGACAGAUCCUGAAGCUGAGGCUCCAAUACUUUGGCCACCUCAUGAGAAGAGAAGACUCCCUGGAAAAGACCCUGAUGUUGGGAAAGAUGGAGGGCACAAGGAGAAGGGGAAGACAGAGGACGAGAUGGUUGGAUAGUGUUCUCGAAGCUACCAGCAUGAGUUUGACCAAACUGCAGGAGGCAGUGGAAGACAGGCGUGCCUGGCGUGCUCUGGUCCAUGGGGUCACGAAGAGUAGCAGCAAUAGGAGCAGCAGAGAGCCACGGCACCCGUACUUUUGCUGUACACCAAGACGCCUUCUUAGACGGUCGAAUGAACUCCUUGGACAACGCCCUCCCCUGCCCCGGGCCGCGACGUCACAAGGGACCAGGCCAACGGAUGAUGGACGGAAUUUCGAACUCCGACUCGAAGUCAACUAUUUGCAUCCGCCUGAAUCCGGAGGGCGCCGAGCAAUCUGCACGCAUCCCGCCUCGCCCGCGCACGCUCUCGGCCCCGGACAGCGCGGGGGACCGUGGGCGGGCUAGCCGGGCGCCGCUCGGCCAAUGAGACACCCCGAGGGGCUGGCCGGCCCGCCCCACGCCCACGUGGCCCGCCAGCCGCUCCAACCCCCGCGCCGCCGCUGCAGUAUCACGUGCGGCCGGUGGCUGCCCUUCGGAGCCCUGCUCGGAGCCGCGCGCCCGGGAUGCUGAGGAUGGUGGGCCAGGCUUGGAGCCGCUUGGGGCCCGCGCUGGAGCGCCGCAGCGCCUGCUGCUGGGGCCGGAGCCGAGGCGCGGUGCUGCUGCUCUUCUUCUCGCUGUCGCCGCGGCCCCCUGGCGGAGCGGCGUGGCUGCUGGGGCUGCGGCCGGAGAGCACGGCGCCGGGGCGCGUGUGGCUCGAAGGGGGAGCGUUGCGGGCCGUGGAGGGCUCCCGCUUCUUGCUCCGCGUCUAUUUCCAGCCGGCGGCCGAAGGCAACGCGAGCGACGGCUUCGGCAGCGGCGGCCCGCGGCAGGAGAGCGAGCGACGGCUGGUCUUCGUGGAGCAGCCGACCAAGGCGGAGCGCUGCCCGGAGCGCAGCGCCUGGGCCUCGGAUGUGGAGGUGCUGGGCCCUUUGCUCCCCGGAGGCUCGGCCGGCUCGGCUUUGGCCGAGGUGAGGGUCCGGGAGCCGCGCAAGGGCGAGUCGGGCGCCGGGCCCGAGGGGCGCCGCUUCUCGCUGUGCGCCUGGGACGGGCGCGCGUGGCAGCUGCACGGCGCGCGAGGCGGCUUCGCGCUGCAAGUGCAGGCGCCGGCCGCGGGCUUGUCGGCGGGCUUGGUGCCGCUGCCCGCCGAGGGGUGGCUGCGGGUGCUGGGCGCGCUGGUGCUGCUGGCUCUGUCGGCGCUCUUCAGCGGCCUCCGCUUGGCGGUGCUGUCGCUCGACCCGAUGGAGCUGCGCGACCUGCGCAACAGCGGCUCGGCGGCCGCGCGCGAGCAGGCGCGCAAGGUGGAGGCGGCGCGCGGCCGCGGCGGGAGCGGCACUUACCUCCUGUGCACGCUGCUGCUCGGCCAGGCCGGCGCCAACGCCGCGCUGGCGGGCUGGUUGUGCGCCUCGCUGCAGGCCGUGCACAGCCCCUUGCCCGAGGCGAGCCAAGGCGUGCCCUGGCUGCCGGUGCUCAUCUGCACCGGGGUCGUUUUCCUGGGCGGGGAGGUGCUGCCCUACUCGGUGUGUUCCCGCCACGGGCUCGCCAUCGCGGCGCACACACUCUUCCUCACGCGGCUGCUCAUGGCCGCCACCUUCCCGAUCUGCUACCCGCUCAGCCGCCUUCUGGACUGGGCCUUGCGCCAGGAGCUGAGCAUCUUCUCCACUCGGGAGCGCCUGCUGGAGACCCUCCGCGCCGCGGAGCCCCAUGACCUGGUGAGCGAGGAGCUGGCCAUGGUGCAAGGUGCCCUGGAGCUGCGCACCAAGGUGGUGGAGGACAUCCUGACGCCUCUCAGUGACUGCUUUAUGUUGCACUCGGAUGCCAUUCUGGACUUUGCCACCAUUUCUGAGAUCCUGCGCUCAGGCUACACACGCAUCCCGGUCUACGAAGGCGAGCGGCGCGACAACAUUGUCGACUUGCUGUUCGUCAAGGACUUGGCCUUCGUGGAUCCCGAUGACUGCACCCCGCUGCAGACGGUCACCCGCUUCUACCGCCGCCCGCUGCACUGUGUCUUCCAUGACACCCGCCUGGACGCGCUGCUCAAGGAGUUCAAGACGGGUGAGGGCCCGGGGCCCCAGCCGCUCGCCUCCCGCCAGCAUCACAUGCCUCUCUGCUCCCUGCGUGCCCUGCUUGCGAGGUACCCUGGGACUCCACAUUGCCCCCUCCUGCACUGGCCUGCCCUCUUGUCUUAGCUUAGUCUUGUCCUGCCUAGGUAAUGUGGCUGGACUCCUGGGAGAGGUGUAAGGGUGUGUGUGUGUCUGUUUCUGUGUUCUUGUCAUGCAUGGCUCAUGCAAUCCUAAUAUUCCCUAGAUUUUAAGUGAGUAAGCAAUGCUCUCCUGGAGCUGCUUGAGAGGGAAUGCAUUGCUGUAUAGGCCUAAGGCCUCCCCUCCCCCCAAAAAAAACCCCUGCACACAGUGUGCAUAAACUCAUAUGUACUGAAUAUUCUGCUCCCAGCUGAGUGAUUCAUGCAUUUGCCAUUUAGCCCUCCUUUCACAGAAGCCUGAACCUGGUCUGCCAGUUCUUUGCCUUCAGCAACUCUUGUAAGGAAGAUGACUGUGCUAUAAUCUGCCUAUUCCAGCUGAGUGUUAGGAAUACAGCAAGAUAUACUUGCUGUGGGCAUACGAAGCUACCAGGUCAGACUUUGGGUCCAUCUAGGUUGGUACUGGUAGUGGUUCCCCAGGGUCUUGGAUAGGGCUCUUUACUAAUCCUAUCUAGAAAUAUAGAGUUAACCCUGAGACCUUCUGCUUGAAAAGAAUGUGCUCUACCACUGAGUUAUGGGCCGGUUCUCAACAGAGAGUCUACUGAAAAUAGCCCCUCCCAUGUCAUCUGUGCGCAUGCCUGCAGUUGCAAGAUAGCUGCAAAGCAAGUAACCCAGCCCUGGCUUCUCUUAACACCAAUUUAAAAUAUCACAGAGAACAGCACCUCUCAUAUCAUAUACAGAUCCACACCAGGCGUUUAAAGCAUAUUUGGUGCACAUUUCAAGGACAUGACUUCCCUCAAAGAAUCCUGGGAACUGUAGUUGGCUAAGGGUUUUGAAAAUUGUAUCUGAGGGGAAAGCUACAGUAGGAAUCUGCAGCUUGCUAGAUACCAGGUUAUUAGAGGGAAAACAGCAGAAAAGGGUGCAAGAAACAGUAGGGAACAAUACAGUCAGUAAUCCAGUGUGGCACUCCAAAUGCUGUUGGACUCCAGUUCCCAUCAGUCCCAGCAAGGGCGGCCGGUAGUCAAGGAUCAUGGGAACUGGAGUCCAACAACAUUUGGAGGACCACAGAUUUCCCAUUCCAAGUAUAGAUUGUCCAGCUAAAUGAAAAAUAUGGGCCAAAUAGCACUGGACUUAACUGGGAUUGUGGAUGAGUAGGUGGCAUCCUGUCAGUGCCCAAAACUAUAACUUAUCUUCCUGAUAACUUUUCCAGACACAGAGCCCAUAUUCCCUUGCUUUUGCUUCGUAACAUGGUUGAUUGUGCCAUGGGUGUGCAGUGCUGCUGUUAGGAAGAGAGAACAAAGGUUAUAGUUUUGCUAUAUAAACAUCGCAUCAGACAACUUAUUUUGUGUUCAUUACCUCUCAUCAGUUAGCAUUGUGCACCUUAAUUGUUAGGGAUAUGUGAGCACACUGAACCAGAGUAAUACCAUGUUUAAGAUUUGUCCAGUGAUGGUUCUACUUAGUCAUCCCUGAGUGAUGCUAGGGGUCACUUGGCUGAGUUGCAGCUGGUUGUGCCAGACACAGGCAAUCUAAAGCAGCUGCCCUUUUGAAAGGCAGAGAGUUUUAUGUUUGGUCUUGAAUUUGGCUUAUUUAAUCUCCAGGUGUGCAGUACAGGCUCCCCUGAUGCUGUUCAGCUUUGCUCUGGCCAUAUGGAAAUCAUUAAUACCCAUUGAUGUUGUUCAGGGUCACCAGCAUUCACAAUUUUAUUGUGAACCUUGUGGUAUCUGGUGCCAAAGCUGCAGCAGCUGAAAUUGUGGGAAUUUUGCCCUAUAUGGUUUUUUUGUUUUGUUUUUUUAAAUAGCAUUUUUUUAGAUGUUGCCUCUGCAGUACAGUUGAAGAAGUUCAGAAGCCUUGGAGCAAACAGCAAUAACUGCUUCUCUCAAAAACUGAUGAGGGGGUUAGUACAUACAUACAUUGAAAUGUACCCAGUUGUGUGAGCAGAUGGAAUGAACUCAAAGGAAUCCUCACACUUAAGUUAGUAUUAAAACGAAUAGGCACACAGUGGAAGCUGCACCUUUGAAUGCUGUCAUGUUGGUGAUCAGAAAGCAUCAGGGUGGGCAGAUAAUGGGUCUGCACUGCUUAACAGCAAAGAGACCAAGGCUAAGCAUUUAUUAGAUCUAUGCAUCUUGGCUCUCAUUCACAUCCACUUUGCUGAGAAAUAUUUGAAAGCAGCUUUCAGAACUACCCACAGUAUGGAAGCUGAGAUGCAGCCAAUGCUAAAUAUGACAUCUCAUGGCCUGUCUUCAUUGUUCCUUUUGAUGAAGCUGAGCACAAUCUUGCUGAGUCAUGUUCAGCUUGCUUUCCUCUCAGUAGUGCUACUUCCUAGCAAAUUAUUCCCCAUUUAGAUGCUUUGGAAUGUUCUUAAAGCAGCAUACAUGGAAAAGAGCAGCUGCCAGCAUUUUCUCAGAGUUAGGUGCAAUGUUCUGGGGGAAGAGAAUCAUAGAAAAUGAGAGGUAAGUCUGGAACCUGUCAUGUUUCUUCCAUGAUCAUUGAACUCUUAAGCCUAUGUUCUUUGUUUCACUGCUCAGGCCCUGUUAAAAUGGAACAUCAGGGUUUGUUUUUUAAUCACAUUAAAAUAAUAAUCAUAUGAUUAACUGUUUCACACGCCUUCUGAAGUAGGAAACCUAGUCAGCUCCCAAAGCAUCUUCCUGGGCACCCAUAAUGGUCCCUUGGUUGUUUAUUGAAGAGUAAUACUUUAAUCUUGAUUUAAGUGCAAAAAUAGGAUGAGGCUUCAGGUUGGUUCAUUGCUGAAGGGCACCUGAUUGUAUGUUUUGUAUUGUCACAGAACCAGUGUUUCCUUGACAUUACUCUUUUCCUUCACACCAUUAUGGACCUCUCACCUGUACCAACUAUCAAGACACCUUCCCAUUCAGGUCACAGCCCUUUCAUUCCACAGCAAAUAGAAUGUAUUCCCUAGACAUACAUUGCUUACCUGUCCUUGGCACGGAUGGGAUAAAAUGGAGUGCUUUUGCUUUGCAUACUCAUUUCAGGAGAGGAUUGCUACCCAACUGAGCACUUGAGUCAACGGGCCCUCAAAUAUUCUAACUCCUUUUUGUUGGGUGCAGUGGGGCAGUUCACUUGAACUACUGCUCAGCCUGCUUGUGUUCAUUCUCUCAUUGCAGGUAAAUCACACCUGGCAAUUGUGCAGCGGGUGAAUAAUGAAGGGGAAGGAGACCCCUUCUAUGAAGUGAUGGGAAUCGUCACGCUUGAGGACGUUAUUGAAGAGAUAAUCAAAUCUGAGAUUCUGGAUGAGACAGACCUCUACAGUAAGUAUUUGGAAGCACAGAGGUGACUGCUCCCCCAACCCUCAAACAAGCAUCUAGAAAGAAGCAAGUUCAGUCAGAACCAGUUUUAAUUUUCUCACUGUGAUUUUAUGAAUUACUGAUCUUGCUGCUUGACAGAAAGUGGAGCUGCUGCUUCCCAUAAAGGUCUGAGGCAAUGUUCCUGCAUCAGAAGUGUUUGGCUAAAGGGUGGUCUACUAAUGGCUUAAGUAAUGCAACACUGGGAAAGAGCUGUAGGUGGUCAAAGAAGCCAUGUCUUCAGACUUUCUUUCAAUGUCAUGAUUCAGCUCUGAGGCACAGAGGAAUUAACAGAUAGCUCCUGAGGUUGUACAGAAUGUCUUCAUCUCACCACAACUAGUUUCUGCACUUCUGUGCUUUCAUGAUGUGCAUCUUGUCAGAUAUUAUAAAAUAACCGCUCUGUGUUGCACUUGAGAGAAGAAACGUUGGGACGGAACAUCUUAUGUAGUGGGAACUCCUCAGUGUGCAGAGCAGGACAAAUGUGUGCCUGCAUUUUACUGGUCAUUGCCAUAUAAAAAUAAUCAAGAUGGCUCAAGAAAUCCACAAAUGUCAACAGUCUUUGGAACUCUUUGAGUUUGCAGACAGGAGGUUCCAGUUUCAGAACUUCCCCCCACCCCAUCAUGUACUCAACAAAUAAAAGAUUUGAGGAAAGGGAAGAGGAGUUGCAUACACUUGAAAUCUUCCAGCUGUCUAUCUAGAGUCCCAGAAAUCAUCAGUUUUGUUUUGCUUCCAGGUUCAGGGGAAGAAGAGAUGGAGACAGGGCACCAUUUGUAGAUUAGCAGUGUCAUAACUCUGUUUUUGCUAUCCUCACUUUCAGCUGACAAUCGGAAGAAGGAACGGGCUCCCCACCGGGGUCGGAAACCUCAUGACUUCUCCAUUUUCCGACUUUCGGAUAGUGAGAUGAAGGUGAAGAUCUCCCCGCAGCUGCUGCUGGCCACCCACCGCUUCAUGGCCACAGGUACCCAGCCCUUCCAAAGCACCUUUAAUGAUGAGGGUCCAGUCCUUGCCUUGAGCCAGUGCUGUCAGCAGCCAUGAUGCUUGCAUACCUCAAAGAGCUAUACUCUUCAGCUUUCCCAGCUCAAGAUCCGAUCUGCUUUAUGGUACAGUGGAAAUUAUUUGAGCUCCCUUUUUUUUAAUCUGGACAGAGAAGUUGAUGGGUGCAGGGACUGGAGAAUUCCCUCUCUCUUCUUGAGUUUCCAUGGCACCCUUGGUCAGCAUUUUGGGUUGUUGUUGGCAGGUCAUAGAAGGUGUAAAGCCCCAUCUCACUAACCUUGAAAUGCUUCCCUUUCCCAUUGUUCCCUUGCAGAGGUCGAGCCCUUCAAGCCCCCGUAUCUCUCAGAGAAGAUCCUGCUGCGGCUGCUCAAACACCCAAACGUCAUCCAAGAGAUGAAGUUUGACCACAAGAACAGGAGAGCCCCUGAACAUUACCUCUUCCAGCGCAAUCGGCCAGUUGACUACUUCGUGCUCAUCCUACAGGUUGGUCAAACUUUCCUUGAGAAUCCGUAGUCCCGGAGGGUGAAGUGACUGCUAAGUAUAGCACAGCUACACCCACCCUUGGAUCUACAAGGCCUUACUUCCCCAGCUGGAUUUUAAAAGUGCUGCAGCCUAGAUCAAGGAAUAAGGUGUUGGAUUCCAGUUUUUUGCACUAAAGUUGACGAUGCUCUAAAUUUGCUACCGGUGAACCACCCAUAGGAAGUCCUCUUACACAUGGGCGUAGCAGGAUUUAUUGGGGGGGCAGAGCUGAGUUAUCAGCAAUGCAAUUGGUCAGUUAAGUAUUUUUAUUUAUUUACUCGAUUGGGAGCAGUUCCCCCGCACCCCCUGGCUAUGCCCAUGGUCUUACAGUUACACUGAGUCAUCUAGAUCAGUAUUACACUGGCUGGCAGUGACUCUCCAGGGUUUAAAGCAGGAGUCUGUCCCAGCCCUACCUGAAGAUGCCAUUGGGGAUUGAACCAGAGACCUGUGUCCAAGGCAGAUGGCUCUACCACUGAGCCACAGCCCUUCCCUGCACUUUCAUCUGCAUAUUCAGCCUCAUCUAUAAUAGAUGGCAAAUUUAGUGAUGUUUGUAAGGUGGGUAGAAAACCAGCAUGCCAGAGCCUCACCAACAGGUAAUACUAACCUUUUCUCUCUGUUUUAAUAAUGUUGUUUACAAAUCAAUAUUGGGGGGAAACAAACAUCUUGUUAGCUUGAGCUUGGCUUACGGCAGCCGACCACUAGAUACUCCAGUAUGCUUUUCUCCCUGCCCAAGGCUGGCUUUUAUCCUUAACCCCCAACCCUGGAAUCAUUCUUCCUGUGUCCCUUCUGUUGAUGCUUCAGACUCCUAUCAGGCAGUCACCCCAAACCUAUGAGGUAUGGGCUCUCCCAGUUUGUCUAGGGGCCCUCACUCCCAGCUUUUAUGUGUCUCCCAUUAUCCUGUGUUUUUUCCUGCUGAUGUCCCAAUAGACUUGGCUCAUACCUUCUGCUAUCUACUUUUACUCAGAUACCCACACGUAUCUGAGUAAACAGCCUUUGUUUUGGUUCAAAGCAGUUUUGCUAAGAUGCACUGGCUUUGUUUUUCUUCCUCUCUUUUUUUUAAUGAAUGGCCAAAGAUUGUGAGGACAAGGGUUGAAGUGCCUUUCCGUUGUUUUAUGCUUCUUCAGGGGAAGGUGGAGGUGGAAGUGGGGAAGGAAGGCCUGCGUUUUGAGAAUGGAGCCUUCACGUACUACGGAGUCCCAGCUAUCAUGGCUGUUGUCUGCUCAGGUAAAAAUCCAGAGCCAGCCACAGAAUGAGUUGAGGGAAGCUCCAAGGAAGGGGCUUUUGCUGAUGGCAGCGUUUGGCUUUUCACAGAAAUGCAGAAUUAUCAAAUUGUAAUAUAGGGCAGAAAGCGAACAAAGGAAGAGGGAAUGCAAAGGUCUGAAAGUAGAGCAAAAUUAAUGGAGAAGGCUUGGUAACUGUGCUAAACAAGCCUGGGGCCCAGCCAUAGUCCUCCCAGCCUGUCUAUCUGGCCUGUUAGGAUUCUUCCCCAGAUAGCACCCUCCUUGAGGGUUCCUGCUUGGCUGCAGUACUUCCUUGAACUAUGAUAAUGCCUCUUGCUUCCCCAGAUGGAGGAUAGAGGGAGGUGGAGGAAUGUGUGCAGAAACUAGCCUACUGUACAAGGGUGAAAUUUAGGUUCAUUGCUCUGCCCUCUGCUGAAAGGCAGUUCCCUUACCUCUGCCCAACUUGGCAGCCUUUCAUUUCUGGCCCUUGCCCUGAGCUUUCUGGGGCCGCUAAGCCCACACUGUUGAAGGCUCUUCUCCAUAAGGCCUAAACGCUUUUUCCAAGUACAAUGUUUUGACUUCAGGUACUCAUGAACUCAAAUUCUGUGUUGCCCUUUAAUUCUGUGCUGCAGCCACCUGAGCAUGUACAGUUUGAACAGCCUUGCCAGAGGGAAAUGGUCAGUGGUGAAGUGGAAGUCACUGAGCUUCUGGACCACUGAGCUUCCUGUUCACAUAGUUGGCAGCAGUCUAUAUGGCUUCUCAUCUAGAUGUGAAAGAACAAGUCCCCCCAUAACAUUUUUGGAACUGCAGUAUGGGAAACAUUAAUGGAAAGUCAGAAGGAGCAGUGUCUGUGAGAGGGGUGCUCUCUUAUUCUUGUAAGCUGGCAGACUUUGUGAGAUACACUAAAAGCAUCGAUGUAGCAGGGACUGCCAAUCUGCGGCCAGUCCAGGCAGGCUGCAGCUGGUAUGACCACCCUGGCUUUCCAUUGUUGGGAUGCGUUCAAGGAAACGGGGGCAAUUUGCAGGCCCCCAGCUGGCUCCAGCCGGUAGCCGGGCGAUCUCCAGUCCUUGGCACAGCAUAAAUCAGCGACCCGCAGCUUCAGAACUCUUCAGAAGCUGGAGCACGCUCUAAUCAGCAGAGUAAUUAACUCUUCGCAACGGAAGGGCAGACAGGCAUAUGUAAAGCAUAUUUACAAGCAGUUUAUUCAGCAUAGAUCAAGGCAAAGAAAACAUGUCUGCUCUUCUUCAUAUCUAAGAGCAGGAGGCACUAAGCAAAAGCUAUACACAAAAGUUCCCCAGCAGGCUGUGUUGGAAUGUAAACAGACAUGUGACAUACAACAAUCCACAUAUCUGUUCCUCUUAGGUGAAACGGAACAUCAAUAUCCUAACAUCCAUACGCUUCAGAAAAAGGGUAUCUUCCCUGUACUGUGUAGGGCUGGUACUACAAAGCUCUGACUUGAGACUCACCUUCCAUCUGCCUCCUGUAUUUUCAGAUAACGACGUGCGCAAAAUGAGCAGCUUGGCCGGGUCGUCUUUCUUGUGUACGUAUUUUCUCCCCGACCUAAUCUUUUGCUGAUGUGGAUAAUGUGGAGUGGGACUGCUCAGGCAGGACAUCCCCUGAAACACCCAGUCUGGAUAGAAGACUGGACUUCCUACCACACCUCCCUCUCACAUCCCCUGCCCCUUGUCACCAUCCCCCUUCCCAGCCCAGAACAGGCAGUCCUCGUUUUCCCAAGCUGCACCCAGAGACUCUGCUGGCCAUUAUUUACUAGGGUCCUAACCUCAGCCGCAUCCAGUUGUUCAUCCCACCUUCCUAUCUCUUCAUCCUCAGCCUCUACAGCCAAUCAAGAGGCAACGAAGCGGAGGAGCCCUAAGCCUCUCCUGCCCACAUCUCUCCUGUUCUGGGUUCAGAAAAAGCUGGAGCUGGUCCUGCACAUACUUAGUAUGUGUGGUAACUUGACCAUGUAUGCAUGCAUUUUGUGUGCAUAACAAAUAUCCUUGCUCACAUGCAGAACACCCAUCUUCUCCCUCAAGACAGUAAUGCUCCAUGCAAAUAAGGAAAAUCUGUAGGAAUAAUAGUUAUGGCCCCUAACCUUGGGUCCAUAAUCUCUUUUGAAUGCCCAGAAACAAUCCAUACCAUAAUGUAUAAUUUGGUGCCGCCCAGUGGUGAUUGGCGGAGUUGCAUCAUGGUGCUCAUGACAUAUUUAUUAAAACCUCUUUUUCCAUUUGUCCCAUUAUUUCAAAUCAUGGGUCCAAGAGGGUUGUUGCUUAUUCUUUUUCUGGUCCCACCCGCUUUACCCAGAAUUGGAACAAAUGUCAAUCUGCAGAUUCAGCCAACAAACAAAACCCCUCUAGCACCUAUGAUUUGAAAUCACAGAGCAAACAGAAGUGUGGCUGGGCCCUAAAUAUGAUGUUAGGUGAGGCAUUGUGUCUGUGAAAUAAUAUUGGUAGCAUACGGAGUGAAAUCUCUUUUCAGGGUCCUUGUUCUGGUUAUACUCCCCCCCCGCCCCGCCCAGUCUAGAGCGGGUUCUCCAUAAUAUAACCCUACAAUACUAUGGAUACUUAAGCCCUGAUCUAGAUCUGGCAGUUUGCCUGCCAGACCUUUCUACCUGUUCACUUUAUAAAUAGCUGCAGGAAAGACAGCUCCACUCUGUAUCUGUAAGCCCCAUGCAACUUUCCGAGCUGUAAUUCUGUUGUCUAUCCAGCCUAGUUCUUUUCUGUUCCUUCUAAACCCUUUCCCUUGCUCCUUCCCCUUUCCCCUGGUUUUUGUCUCCUGAUUCUGGCCCCCCGUCUAGUGCCUGUGUCUGUGUCUCGUACCUUCGCCUUCAGCAGAGGGGAAUCUCUGGCUGGCUCCCCAGGUAACUGUAUAUAUAGCACCCAGCAAGAGUUCCCAUGCUGCUGCCUGCUGAUCCUUUUUCCAGCCCUGCACAUUAGAGUAUGGAAGAAUACACACUACACUGUCCUGCAACCUCAUGAUUCUGUGCUUAAAUGCGAGCCCUUCCUCUAAUUCCACAUAUCGGCAUAUACUCUGCAUGCAUGCAAAAAUGAACACUCUUCAUAUUUUUGCAUGUGCUGUGCUUCUCCACAACUGUUACCUAUUUGCCUGUGCUGAGCGGUGAUCUACAUCAAAGGCUGCACAUAAAACACCAGGGAUAGCCACUUUCCCAUAAUUUAUCAUACACAUAGAGGAGCUGCAAACAAUAAAUAUUGCAUAUAAAUAUGCAUGUGUGCAUAUACAGAAUAUGUGCAUACAAAUCCAUAUACAAAUGUGUGCAUGUGCAGAAAUGUGCUGUAUAUGUUUCUAGAGAUUCCAAGGAAUACGCUCAAUUGGCCAGUUCCAAAAUUAGGGUCUAGGAACAUACCUCUUUACUAGAUGGGCUGUGGUCUCACUGUUGCAGCUGAACUGUGCAUGCUUCCUCAUUUCAAUAGAAUAGAAUAGAAUUUCAAGCAACGUGCAUGGUGCCCAAAUUAAGAGGGACCUUCGUACAUGGGGGAAAUGAGCUAAGAAAGUGCCGGUCAAAGAAGAAGGGGAAAGCAAGGUUGCAUGUGAAAAUGGUAAACAUGCAUUUCCUGUGUAAAUCUUACAUAAACAGCAGUUAAAAUAUUAGGAAAUUGGGAUUGCAGGGAGGUGUUAUAUGGAAAUUUUGUGGUAGCAGUAAGGUUGUUUUUUUAAAGUCACUGUUAGAGACAUUUCUGCAUCUGAUGAUGUGGACUCUAGUCUCUGAAAGCUCUUGCCAUAAAUACUCAUUAAGGGCCACAAAUCUCUUGUUACUGCAGUAGGUGUCCUACAAGGUGUUUGAUGUGCUAUGGCUUGCAAGAAAGGGAAGGGAAAGGAAAGGAAAGGAAAGGAAAGGAAAGGAAAGGAAAUCAAAUCAAAGAGACAAGAAAGAUUAAGAUCAAGGGAAUUAGAAAAGUGGAGAACUUGACAUGAAAUGUUGCAAGACAGAAUGGUCAAAAGACAGGGUGGGGGUAACGCUGCAGAAAACACGAAGCUAAAAAUAUGAAUCUUAGCUAGUGGAGAGAAUGAAAGAAUAUAGUGUUAACCAGCUUUGUCAGUAAUAAAACAGGAAAGUGUGGUGUUGGCAGUGUUGAAGAGGAAAAUCAUAGUAACAAAGGGUAUUGAAGUAAACUCCAGUGCUAUAGGUGCUGUGUUAAUAGGUUUUAGGCUGGUGCUCUUCAUAGGCAGGAGAAACACAAUCUUAAAUAGGGUGUAGGCAUUGCUUUUUUCCAGCCAGAGCUCAGCUCUGGCACCUCUCAGGUGGGUUCCAUUGCCAUUCAUAAACAAGGGAGACGUUCAUGGUGAGCUCUCCUCCCUGUACUGCACAAGGAAAUCCGAGGAGUGAGUGGAAGAGGAGAGAGGAUGCUUGCUUUUCAACUUUCAGAAACCUCCCCCCUUAAUACAUUGUAAUACGUUGUUCAGUUUGGCAACUGAUCACCAAUGCCUAAACCAGCCCCUUGAGCACCAUAAAGCAAUAUGGAGGGAAGGUUUCUGCGUGGAGUAGGAAAAGGUCUCCCCUGAACAGUGCUAGCAGACUCCUGUUCCAGGCUGACUGGAAGUCACUUCUCUUAGCAUGUGGGGAUCACACACCUCAACAUGUUGAUGGGUGCAUGCUAAAGCAGGCAGAACUUCCACAGAGGUGCCCAAAUUUCUAGCAGGAGAAAAAAUUAAGCAGAUCAACAACCCACUUCUUGUUCUCAGAACUGCUCAAUGCUGGCCAAACUGCUGUAGACAAAGGUGCCACUCAAACCUGCAAAGGGUUGUGUUAUCCAUAAAAGCCAUUGAUUCAGUGACUCUGUAGGAAGCAACACUGCUACAUGCUCUCAGGCUCAUUUGGAAAACCUGAGCCAUUUCUGUUCCUCGUCCAGCGAGAGAGAGCCAGCAGUUUCUCCACUUUUUACUUCAAUCUCUUCUUGCACUAUUCCCCAUCAAGCCUGCUUAUUUUUGAAGCAGGCAGAGCUACAGUGGUGACCUGAAUCCGCAUCAUGUGAAUAAUCCCUCAAAUUUUCCUCUUGCUAAUAUCCUCUCUGCAUAGUCUUGCAGCAAAUCCGCUUGAGAAGCAUGGUGUGGGCUUGCGUGCUGUUGGCUUUUUUGAAAGAGCAGAUGUUGGUUUAAAGCAGAUGUUGGUGGGUGGGGGCAAAAUCCUUCAGUAAGCAAGCUGCUCCCUCCAGCCUUCUGCCUGUUGUAUUUGUUAUCUGCAAUGCCCCAUCCCUGCUCAGCAUUCUUUAUCCUUGAGCAAGUCUGUGACAUUAACCCCAGAAGCUACCCUGGUCAGGCCAGCCCUAUCCUUAGGCAAAGUGAGGCAGUUACUUCGGGUAGCAGAAUGGAAUGGAGAGCUGUUCCUCCUAAGUUGCCCAGCCACUCCCAUCUGCAUGUACUUCAUGAAGCCUGCUGCUUCAGGGCCAAUAGAGGACCCUGAUCACAUCACCACGAUUUAAAGAUUCAGCUGUCAGCCUAGUUGACAGCUGUAUGGAAACAGAGAGGGUACAUUUUGUCCUCCGCCAGCAAAAUGUUUUGGGCUGAGCCUACCCUGGAUUUCAUGGCUGGAGGUGAUUGUGGCCAAAUUUACAUGCCAGACUGGAGGAGGGACUUGAGAAAUGCUUUCCCGAGAGCCUGCACAUUAGCCAUUGCCUCUUCGCUGUGAGGGAUAAUAGUUUUGCUUACUGCUUCCUCUUUGUCUCUAGUGAACCAGUCGCCAUCCCGCUGCAGUGGAUUAAACCGCUCGGGCGAGUCUCCCAUCCGAGAGCGCAAUGACUAUGGAGGCAGCAGUACCCAGCUCUACAGCAGCAGCAACAAUAUCUACACGCCAGAUUACUCCGUGCACAUCCUCUGUGAUGUGCAGUUUGUCAAGGUAUCUGCUGGGCUGGGCAACUGGAGCAAGUGCAGACUCCUUGCUGCUUCUUUGGGCAUUUUGCGGUACAAGGCUACCGUAUACAGUGGUACCUCGGGUUAAGUACUUAAUUCAUUCCAGAGGUCCGUUCUUAACCUGAAACUGUUCUUAACCUGAAGCACCACUUUAGCUAAUGGGGCCUCCUGCUGGCGCCGCUCCGCUGGAGCCCAAUUUCUGUUCUCAUCCUGAAGAAAAGUUCUUAACCUGAAGCACUAUUUCUGGGUUAGCGGAGUCUGUAACCUGAAGUGUAUGUAACCCGAGGUACCACUAUAUGUGAAAGCUGUUCAUCAGUGGAACAGUCAAGUAGCAUCGACAGUGUGCAGAACAGAGAGCUGAUGCCUGGUGAGAUUUCAGUCUUGAAUUAGGUGGACGGAAAUGAAAAGGCAGAGCAAGGUUUGAUAAAGAAAAAUGGAAGGGAGAGGGUUGACGAAUAGCACAUCACACAGAACUUGCAAGGCUGUGGGCUUCUGUAGACCCGUUUGUUUUGAGGCAGGUUUGGGCAUCCUUGUAAUCCUUUGGUUGCUGAGGCACAGCUGUCUUUCCCUGAGGAUGGAUUCUGCUGGACCAGACCAAAGAUCUGCCUAGUCCCAACACCCUGUUUCCUACUAGGUGCCAAUGGGAAAGCCACUAGCCGGGCAUGAAGGUGGCACAGUUUUAAAGAUAGCGAAGGCGGAAGAGAUGUUGCAGUAAAAUGGAAGAACUUCCAGUAGUUGAGUUGCAAAGGGAUGUGGACGUGGGUUGUAGCAGAAGAUACAAGGUAGAUUUUGGAGAUGAUGAACAAAAGCGAGUCAUCUGAAUAUGGGUCCCUCUCUCCCAUGCCCAGAUCACACGGCAGCAGUACCAGAAUGCGCUGGCUGCCAGCCACAUGGAUAGCUCACCCCAGACUCCUGACAUGGAGGUUUUCAAUGAUGCCGAUUCCACAAAGGCGCCCACUGUCAGAGGCACUCCACAGACCCCCAAGGACGACCCUGCCAUCCUCCUGCAUGAGAGAAGUAGGUACAGCUUGAGGCAUGUUCUGAUCAUGUGAUGGUGUACAGUAAUGAACACCGUGGUGAAGCACAUUCGCUGCCGAUUUUGACAGAUUUUGCAUGUGUAAAUUGCUUGUGCGCCCACCCUGGAGCAAAGGCUCAAUGUGAAUUAAAACCAGGCCAAAUGGGAGAAAGCUAAAUUAACUGAUAACAGCCCACCUUUGACUUUAUCCCUGGUCAUCCUUCACUGAAUUGUUGCCACCCUGUAUCCCACACUUAAAAUGUACACACGUCCUGACACACUUGCUGUGGUGGUUUCUCCUUCUGAACCCUGCAGUUAGCCACUCAGACCUGCAUCUUAAGAGCCCGACAGACUCCGUGUUCCUGCACAUGGAGGGAAUCCCUCACAUCCAGGAGGAGGUGGCAGGCUGCCUAGAGACCGGCACGCAGCAGAGUAAGUAUGUUGGGAGCACGGUGGCAUUUAGGUGGGCCAGGAACAGGGAGAGAAGCGUGUUGUACCUUAUCUUGGAUAUUGUUGCCUUACAGAAAACGAGGGCUGCCUUUUCAGGCUGGAACCUGAAACUUCAAACAGAGAAAUGGAGAUGAGCAUAUCCCCAAGUGGCCCAGAGGAGCCCCUGGGCAAAAAGUUACUCCGGACCCUAAGUAAGUCACAUCAAAGGCCCUGGAGGGGGUAAAUGGGGGGGGGGCAGUUGACGCAGCUGUGCAGUUAUGACAACUUGAGUGUAGACCUGCUCACCACUGGGGAGGGAUGGUUGGACGCAGCUCCUAGGGAGGAAGCUACCCAGAGGCUGUAUAGAUUCACCAGCCACCAAUCUGCUUGAAAUUCCCUGAGCCUGUGAAGUCAUGCCUGAUGUGUUAGGCUCGAAGGGUCUUGUACCCUCCCAUUAACAUUGCCAUUUAAAGCUGGGCGCUGGUCUGCAACAGUGUACUACUUGGCAUUGCAGGUGGGAGGAGGAGAAAACCAUCAGCAGAUAGCGAAAAGAGUGCAGAUGAUAAUUCCAACUUCACACCUCUCAUCACAUGAGUGGCAACAUGGCCUUGCCCCGCCCACAGGUGAGUGGCAUGUGUUGCUGUGUUCUUGGCACUGCUGGUCUCUCAUGAAGCUGUGUACAUCAGCUGUGAGCUAGGCACAUGAGUCUCUGCAUGUGCGCGCACACACACACACACACACACAAGUACCAUUCUCAACUUCUUGGUAUAUGGGAUUUUUCUAUUUCUUCAGUGGUCCUUCACCCGUUCGCUGUGCAAUCCCAGUACUGAAGCUCUAUUGUGCGGUGGUGUGUGUUUUUUUAAAUAGCAUAUCUCAUUUCAUGAAUGUGUACUUUGGUGGAGUUUUAAAGUUUUUUAGAAGUACGUUUUAAAGAAGUAUGUUUUAAAGAAGUGUUUUAAAGAAGUGUGUUAAUUGUGCAGUUCUGUGCUGUGGAAAACCACUGUUAGUGUUCAUCCGGUUCCAUGUAUUCUUGAGAGGGAGAAAUUGGCUUUCUGAUAGUAUCACAUUAAGAAUAAGUGGAUCAAGCACAAAAUGUGUUUCCCCAACCCCUAAAGGGGAAUUGUCUUGUUCAUGGCUCCAGAUAUCUGAAAGAGGAGUUAUUAUAUUUUAAUGGUUAUAUUUUAUAUGAGCACCCAUUAUCACUGGUCAGCCUUCUCCCUGCUGUGCUGUAUUGCUCAGGUAGCUGCCAGCUCCAGAACUGAGUCCUUUACAGCAGGAGUUCCCAAAGUGUGGUCUGCGAGUUUCAAUAAGGUAUUCCACAACAUCUGUAGAUUGUGGUUGAAGAUGGGAGACGGCAUAUCUAUCACGUUAAAUAUUCCUAUUGCUUUUGAUUGAUUUUUCAUUGCUGCUUUUACUGUUUAUAUUGAAUUUUAUUGUGUACGUUCUGAAACCGUAAAAAAGCAGUGAAAAUGCAGUUUUAAAUUGUACAUCAUCUAACAUAUCAUAUUACAGUUGCUGCAACAAGUAGAAAAACCAGGUUUUUCAAGACCCUUAGCAAUUUUGUAGUGGUCUGUGGGGUAAAUAAGUUUGGGAACCUGUUUUUGUUUUAUGGGAGGCACUCAGUUCUGGAGGUCGUGAAGGCAUUCCCUCCCCCUUCCCUUCCAUAUGAGCUGUCAGGUGUUUGAGCAAGUGAAUAAUUCCCCCCUUUCCUCCAUUUCUUUUCUGCCCCAUCCCCAGUUCACACAUGAACAUUCCAUGUCUUGAGGUGCUCUCAUUAAAAGGUGAUUUGGGGAUGAUUAGCCUUCACCCUUCUUUACCGCUUUAGAAAUUUCCUUUCUCCAAUCUCUCCUUUUUAGGUUCAGCUACAAUCAGGGAUGUGGGUGGCGCUGUGGGUUAAACCACAGAGCCUAGGACUUGCCGAUCAGAAGGUCGGUGGUUCGAAUCCCCGUGACGGGGUGAGCUCCCGUUGCUCCAUCCCAGCUCCUGCCAACCUAGCAGUUCGAAAGCACGUCAAAGUGCAAGUAGAUAAAUAGGUACCGCUCCGGCGGGAAAGUAAACGGCAUUUCCGUGCGCUGCUCUAGUUCGCCAGAAGUGCCUUAGUCAUGCUGGCCACAUGACCCGGAAACUGUAUGCCGGCUCCCUCGGCCAAUAAAGCUAGAUGAGCGCCGCAACCCCAGGGUUGGUCAUGACUGGACCUAAUGGUCAGGGGUCCCUUUACCUUUUUUACCAUCAGCAUUCUGCAAGCUCAUGGGUUCCUGCCAGGUCAUUCUUGGGUGAUGGUUUUUAAUGUCCUUCCCAUUCACCAGCUUUUAUAGUUCUACAGACCUUUAUAUCAUUCUCAAGAACCUGUAAACCGCCAUGUUGUUUUUGGAGUGGCCAUGUUUUCCUUCAAAACCAACAGGCGCUUGAGAGGAAUGUGCGCUUGAGAGGGCACACUUGGCUCUGUGCACAAUGGCCUUCUGCUUUUUUCCAAGUGCUGUGUGUAGGGGGCCUGGCCCUGAAUUAUCACAUAAAUACAGGGGGCUGCACAAAACAAUGUGGCAGGGGCAAAGAGGUUCCUUGCAUCUAGUUUACUGUGCUGAAAAGCUGUUGUUUUUCCUCCUCUCUCAGGUCUGCAGCAUGACAGCCGACUGUGACAAGAUCCAUGUGUGCGUGAUGGCACCUGCUUCUCUGUCUCACAUCAACUAUCCCCUACCUCCAGGGCUUGUGGUUCAGAUGGCAGCCCUUUGAGCUUGAGAGGUGGCGCCAAAACGCGGAGAAAGCUGAGCAAGGAAGGCCCAGCAAAAGAGGUGGAAACGAGAAGGCGACCGCGAAGUGGUGGUGCGUGUGGCUCCCUGUGGGUCAUCCUAGCAGGGCAACGUCCUCACCAUCUCAAAUCUUACUUUCAUGGGGUAAUGCCCAGAGGGAGGGGGUGCCACACUUUCAAUCCCCCUUCCUGCUGGAAGUGCCCACCAUUCCUUAUGCAUGGUCCAGCACAGGGGGCCCCAGUGCAUGUUUGUGCAGCCAACAGCAUCGUACCAUCUGCUCCCUCUUGUAUUCAUGUCUGUCUGGUCAUUAUCCCAGAUCUGUUGUUCCAGACCCGUUGCUGUUUGUAACCAGCACCAGCUGGCUUUGGGCUGGCAGUCCAAAGGGCAGGUCAGCGCACUGCUCACCUGUCACCUGUGCACACUGAGCAAUCUUGUCCUCCAGGUUCAGAGAAAAAAAAUGUUUUGACAUCAAGCGUCUGUCAGGGAGAAAUAAAAUGUUCUUGUUUUACAUUAAAUCAACCCCUUUCACGUGUA